GAGAGCAGAGACGCUCAACUGGACGCACACAGCUAGAUGGAUAACAUCGUGUCCGUUGCACGCUGAAAAGGGAUGUAAAUUUGUAGAUUUUUUUUGUAAGUUUUACUGUUUAAAGAAGCAGCAGCUGGACUCAGGUCGUCACACGGGUUUACGAUCAGGAGUUUGAGAUAGCGGCAGAAUUCUGACACCGCACGCCACAGCCGUUAAGAAGACGAACUGCUCCGUUUUAAUGAGCUGACUUUAAGAUUAACGUUUAAUCAGCGACUGACCAUCUGAACUGACCACCCAAACAGCCAUGAUGGAGUCUAUUUUAGACAGUUUUACAGAUAAACUGUACCCGCCCGGAGGAACCAACCUGUUGGACCUGGAGGAACUCAGCGACGGAGAUUUUCUCACAAACGUGGUGAGUUUUCAGGCUUUAAGCAUCAGAUUCUCUCUAUGAGCUUGUCAUGCGCGGUCAAAAAUGUCACUUUCGUUGUUUUUUUUCUUUUGCUGGAAGUUUGCAUCCAUUUGGUCAUAUCAAAUCAAACGCACCCUUUCUGCCUGUUCCGCCCGGAGCCGGACCUCAGCAGGGCGGUGUUGUUGUUAGAUCCUGACUAACAUCCGGGGCUCGCACCCUGCUACAUGCGUCUGUAUUUGUGUUUAAUCGUGCAAGCCAGUAUAUAAGACUGGGAACAGGGACACAAGCUAGCGAGUUACUGGUUAACUUUGGAGGUGUGUGUGUGUGUGAGUGUGUGAGUGUGUGUUCAGCUGGCAGGUGUUGCCGUCCUCAGCAGCACACCUGACUUUUAAUGAAGACUGUGUGUGACUGGGAAACCAAUCAAAACAGUCUGUCUUUCCAUGCUGUGUUUUGCUAUCAUCUCCCAGAGUGCUUUUGUUUCAUUAAAUACUCAUUAAAGCUCCUGUGGGGAGUUUUUUCAUGUGUGUAAAACUGAAAUAAAUUUAUAUUGAUGCCAUUUUAAGGUAGACAAAAAUAAACAAGACCAUCGGCAACAAGACUUGCAUUUAUUAUAGUGUAAUUUUAAAUGCCUGAAACUUUUGUAAGAAGGUAGCUGCCAACCAAACUGGUGAAGAAUGAACCCUUUUUUGUUUUCCAGAUGAAAUAUUCACAAUAUAAAGUAAACAACACUUUUAAAAGUCAGAAUUGUGCUAUUUUUUUUAUCAUUUUUUCGCAUGUAGAGGAUAAGAUAAGCAGAAACUGCUCUGUCCACUGGGGGCACUAAAGUUAAUACUUACCAAAAGGUCCUCACAAGAGCUUUAAAACAUUAUCUCGUAAAGUAAUGACUGCCCUGGUCUUCCUUCAUAAAUGUGAAUAUUUCCAGACUCUAAAGAACUACUGUCUUCCAAAAUCUGAUGAAAGGGUUGUUUACUUUGCACGGUGCAAUAUUUGAUCAAAAAGAUCCAUGACAUGAACUAUUUUAGCUGUUGCCAUCCAAAAAGGCAAAGGGACACAAAAUAGUUUGCUGCAGCAGUCAUUAGACAAAAUCGUUAGACAAAAAUGUAAAAUUUUAUCACACAUUUUUCUAAUUUCCUGCAAGCCUAGUAUGGACUUAGUUGAAUGUGAGUAUGUCUUGCAAUCACACAUGUUCAGAAAUGUAGUCUUGGAUUUUCUACUUCACUGUGCGGUUCAGAAUUGGUCAACUCAAACAAACAAUCUCUAACUCGUGCAACAGGCUUAUUUUGGUACGUUCUGUGUGUAAAUUGCACAUUAAUAUGCAUGUAACUCUUAAACACUUCGAUAAACUGCAACCCCUGACAGGCAUGUCCUUCAAACCUGCAGUCGAGUAUGCCAUAUCUAAAGCUUAUAUCUAAACUAAAUAUUGUUCAACCAACCCAGUACUCUUGCAAAAUAAACAUCCAUCCAUUUUCUACCGCUUAUUCCCGUUCCCGGGGUCGCGGGGGGGCUGGAGCCUAUCCCAGCAUCUUUUGGGCGAAAGCAGGGGACACCCUGGACAAGUCGGCAGUUCAUCGCAGGGCUGACAUAUAGAGACGAACAACCAUCCACGCUCACAUUCACACCUACGGGCAAUUUGGAAGUGGCCAAUUAACCUAACCCCACUUAGGCAUGUUUUUGGGAUGUGGGAGGAAACUGGAGUAAAGCAGAGUAAACGCCACACAGAAACACCCUGAGCCGGACUCGAACUCAGGACCUUCUUGCUGUGAAGCGACAGUGCUAACCACUACACCACUGUGCAGCCCGCAAAAUAAACAUGCAUAUUUUAUUUUAUAUAUAUUUUAAAUUCAGCAAAUAAAACAGUGAGGGUGCAGGUAGCACAAUAGUUAAGAAACUAAUCAAUCAACUGUAGUUCUUCAGAGCAAAGGUGGGAAAAAAAUAUACUCCUUUCGGUCAGUGUUGUUUUCGUUGACGAAAAUAUUUCCUCAACGCCAUCAUCAACGAAAACAACACUGCAGAAUAUAUGUUUAGUGUUUGACUGACGAAAUGCUCAUGAAUUUUGCAACUCUGUUCGUCGUCCACCACUAACGUUUUUGUCUCGUCUCGUCAACGUAAACGUACAUUCGUCUCUUCACAUUUUAGUCAUCUAAGACUUGUGUUUAGCUCGUCAAUGUCAGUUCUUCAUCGUGGAAAAAAAGGGGCGUUGACGAAAACCAAUAAUGCUUUCGGUGACAUUUUAGCGUGUAGGGUCAUUUUGUUUUUCAUCAAGUGUCACAGGAUUGCUGUGAUAUGAUCACUAUUGUGUGCCAAGCAUAUGGUUUCAUAUUAAGAGUUACCCUGUGAUUCCUGCCCUUUUUUCUUUAUAUUAUUAAUUAUUAUUUAAAACUACCAUCUCAUAUCGAUAAAAAACAGGGUACAGGGUGCAAAAUUAGCCUUUUUGCACUGGAGGCAUCUUCAAUUCAAGUGAAGUCUGUAGCUAUAAUGAAGAAUAAGUAAACAAAUAUAAACAAAAGCAAUGCAAAUGAAUACAAAUGAGUGGAUUAUCACUUGGAAAUGUCAGGUUAUGUCAGGCUCUGAAUCAGCUGUUUCAUGCCUAGUUUUGUCUGUAGUGACUGUGCUCUGAUGUCUGAUAAGAUUUACGUCAAUUCCUCCUCAUCUGCGUCUUCUUUUCGAGUGUGUUUUUGUUGCGUUUGUGCCCAUGCUUGACUGAAUCUUGCACCUUAAUUCACAGGGUGCUGCACACUGAGAGUUAUCAGAAGCUGUUCUUUAAAUGACCCACUGUCCCUGUCUUCGUCCACUGUCGUACCGCCUUUUCUUUUUUUCAAUCAGUGCAGGUUUUCUGCGCAGAUCUCUAUUCUGGUCAGUGAGUCAGCCCAGUAGUCUGCUCGUGGUUUACACCCCCCUGUUUCUGAGCUAAAUAAAGACGUCUAUUCUACUGUGAAGCCACUAGGCUGGGCUGUACCACUGAGGACAUGGGAAAGGAUAGAUGGUUAGCUGUGCUGCAGGAUGGCACACUUACACAUACAGAAAUAAGGUCAAAUCUUGAUUUUGUGUUUGAUGAAUCACGGCCAGUAAUGCGCCCACUCUGUCUGUGAGUGAUGAUGACACCGGGACCACAACAGUGAAGUUUGUGGGCUGUAAAACCAAAACAUGAAGAUGAAAGAUGGUGAAAAAGCUUCAAAUAGCAGCAGAGUUGAGACUGGCUCGUUAGUGCAGAUUACUCCCCUGCAUUCAAAACGGCCAUUUCAUCUUUUCUAUAUGAAAAAUAUUGAUUACAUUAGCUGCAAUAUCAGGAGAGAAGAAAGUGUGUGGCAUUGGGACUGCUGCUCAAUGGCCACAGAUUAAUCCCUAUUUCGAAAUGAGCAUCUGCAAAAUAACUAAUUGCAAAAGUGUUCAUUUACAGCAUUAAAAAAAGGUCCUCUUGGAAGGAAGCAGGGUGCCGUUUUCAUGCCAGUUCAUUUAAAAAUGAAAGACUGAGGCUUCACCUUUUUUACUUGUAACUAGAAAAGCACUCGGAGAGCGCAGACCUCCGCCAAGCAGCUCAUGUCCCCCCUUAUAUUGUGAUUCACAGCAAAACUUUUACUGUUCCGUGUCUUUAAUUAACUUUUAUUUGUGUUUAAACUGGUAUGUUCACUGUUCAUAAUGUUCCUAAAACAAGAAAUGCCCUGACCCGGAUUCAAACCCAGGACCUUCUUGCUGUGAGGUGACAGUGCUGACCACUACACCACUGUGUCGCCCAUCUACACCACUGUGCCGCCCAUUCGUUAUCUUUUAGCAUUGAAAAUUCCAACGACACCCUUAUUUUUGUGUGUUCUGGAUCACAGUGUCCAGAAUUUUGUCUGGAUCAGGAUCAACCUUUGACACCUCAUAAAACUCAUUGAGAUCCUUUUGUGUCAUUUUUUACUAAAGACUCUGGACAUUUUUAUAGAGUUAAAUGCAAAAAUUCCAAAAUUUGCCCUAUCUCACAAUGAUAAAGAAUCCUUCAAAAAAUUCCUGGAUCCAGAAUUUUGUCCGGAUCACCACCAAAAUGUAAUUGGAUCCUCCUGGGGCUGAGACGCACCUCUGGUGAAAAUUUCAGGUCAAUCCGUCUGUAACUUUCUCCGUAAAGUUGCUAACAGACAAACAAACAAACCAACAAACAAACCAACGCUACCGAAAACAUAACCUCCUUGGCGGAGGUAAUUAAGUUAGCCCUCUAUGGAUAAGUACAGAGAGGACUCAUUCAAUUCUACCCUACAUUUUGGGGAACUGAUCAAGUAAACUUUAUGGCAGCCCCAGGUUUGAGGUUGAAAAUUUAAAGGGUGGUAAACACAGGCUGUUGGUAACACAUUUGCUAUAGCUGGUGUACGAAAAGCAUUGAUGCUCGAUGCUAAGUGAUCAAGAUGCUGUCUCAAGUCAGAUUCAUUCAUUUUAAUAGUUGUGUAUUAUGGGUAUUUUACUCACUGAUUUAUGGUUCAAAGAGGGUCAUAUAAUGUUAAGAUAAAAUUAAACAUGCAGUAUUUACAGCUAUUAUCUUUAUGAUGUGAUUGUGUCUCUCAACUCUGCUCAAUUGUAGUCCAAACGAAUCGAAAAUCCUGCAUUGUUUCUGUAGCACACCUAAUGGGAAACCCGAGCUACUUAAUUGUGAUACAAAUGGAUUCUUAUGACAUUGCAGUGACAAGAGGGAUCAAGAGGCGGACUGCUCUGUUGUUGGUGGCAAAAUCAGACACUGAUACACAACAUGGUGCCAAUAAUAGUUGAUUUAAAAUUUGUUAGUUUGUGCCAACCACUUUUACUCAGACUGCUUCAUUAAGGAGGGUUUGCUUUAAAUUCUGGUACUACUUAGAGAUAUCCUCUUGUAACUAUUACUGCAGCUUUAAUGUGCAAUCAUAUGUGUUAUAGAGUGGGCUUGCCAAGUUUGGGGCUGUGUUUUUCCGCCUCUACGUACAUCUCCACUGUCUGCUCCCUCAUACAACACUGAGGCAGCCAAUUAGUGCAGUGUCUCAUCAUCAUAACAUCUGCACUCGCUCAGAUCACCGUAUGGAAACUAAGAGAAACUACAACAUAUCAUAAACAACCAAGAAUACCGGUAAAUGAGAUCUUUCAGGUCACCUAUGGAAGUAGCGUGCAGGCAAGAAUAGUGUUCUGCUACUUGAGGCCUGCUGCAGAAUCAAACCAAUCACAACAGACAGAAUAUUUCUUUUCAAGGAUAAAAUGAAACUGUAAGCCUAAAAGUCAGGUGUGCAUACAUUUUCAACUUGAUAAAGAAAAAUAUUGAUUGUAUCCAUCAGUAUGAGCUCAAAAUACGGUAAACUGUGCAUCCCUUGCUCACUGUUUUGCAAAACUUUGUAUCAGGCAACUGCAGGAAUAAGGUCAAGUCAGGACAUUGUGAGUUGUAAAUUGAUCGGUGGAGACUUCUGCUUUGAUUUAAUUCUUCUGUUUUCAGCAGCUCUAAGUUCAGACACACAUUCUUUCACUGAGAAACACACUCACAUACUCGCCGAUUUCUCUUCUGUUUCUCUCUGUAUUCAUAUUCUUCUACUUCUGUUCUUUCCCCUGUUGUAUUUUCUGCGUUAAUAUUCCACAAAAAUCAUUUCAUUUCUAUCCGUCUUUGUUCUACUCUCCGUUCGGACCCUGUACUCCAGUUUCAAACACACACACCCCUCUCAUUUGCAUGCUUGCUGCUGAUUGGCCACUGCACUACCAGAUGGAAUGCGAGCAGGCAUGCAGCUCUCUCUGUGUGUGUGUGUGUGUGUGUGUGUGUGAAGGAAAAAUCCUCUUCUGCUGUUUUACUGAGACCUGAAUCGGAGUUCACUUCUGUCUCACACACACACACUCACUCGCACACUUGCUGCUUCUUCAAAUGAAGCCAAACGCGGCCAAACCGCUGCAGCCACAUGCCGCCACAUGAGGCCAAAUACAGUAGAGAACAUUGCCAUUUUCUUAUCUGUGGCAGCCAGGAUUGUAGCAUAAUAACACGAUGUUUAAGGACUCUCACAAUUGUAGUUUCAGUUAACUGUACACUGCAAAAAAUCUCCAUCAUUUAUCGAGUUGUGAGCUCUUUGACUUUUAAUGUCUCAUGUAGAACCAGAGGAAACGUCUGGGUGUUAGCUAUAGCUAUAGCACUGUGUGAUAAUACGGCGUAUAGAAAACUAUAACAGCUCUUUUGCAUGUAUUUUCAAUUAUCUUCUAAUGUUUUCUCUUGAUUCUGCUUUUAAAAUAUCCCCAAAAAGUUUAAAAAAGGCCAUUAUAUCCAUGAGACACCUUGUUAUGUCAAACUCAGAGAUAUUAUGAGUUACAAAGAAAAGUACAGAUCUUUAUAUCAAAAGGCUGGAAAAGAAAAAUUUGCUUUUAUACUAAAAAAAAAUAGAAAAGCACUCGGAGAGCGCAGACCUCCGCCAAGACGCUCAUGUUCCCCCUUAAACAAGAAAUACCCUGACCGGGAUCUUCUGGUUGUGAGGUGACAGUGCUAACCACUACACCACUGUGCCGCCUAUCUACACCACUCUGCCGCCCAUUGGUUAUCUUUUAGUAUUGAAAAUUCCAACGACACCCUUAUUUUUGUGUGUUCUGGAUCACAGUAUCCGGAAUUUUGUCCGGAUCACCACCAAAAUGUAAUGGGAUCCUCCUGGGGCUGAGACGCACCUCUGGUGAAAAAUUCAGGUCAAUCCCUCUGUUACUUUCUCCGAAAAGUUGCUAACAGACAAACAAACAAACAAACUAACGCUACCGAAAACAUAACCUCCUUGGGGGAGGUAAAAACAGAUGACUAAUAAAAGUAUGACUUUGGAAAAUAAACGUCUACCGCUUUUUUGCUGCUCCGUUCUGAUUGUUUUCAAAUUGUACUGCUUCAACUAAAAUAUGGUGACCUUGGAAUAGGAAUAGACUCACUGUUCAAAACACUUCAAUUGUCCUUAAAAUUAAGUUAAUGCCUAUUUCACAUGUACAAUCUCAAAAUUUGCAAGAAAUUUUUAGGAGCUUUGCCCCCAAUUUUUUUUCCACAUGCCUUUAAGGAAUGAAGCGUUCCCUGUCUAACAUGAGGGUGGUGGAGAGGUGAGUCAGAAUGCUGGAAGGUGUAGCGGCAAGUAGCUCCACUAUGAUAUCAGUUUGAGCAUUUUUAUAUCACUGUUAUGUGCAGACAGACAGAUGUGAAGACAAUUUUACUAUUCUCAUCUUGAAAAGGAUUCUUGUUCAAGAACCUCAGAUGUUUUUAGUCAUCAUUUUGCAUGUUGCUGUUCUGGGUUCAAACCAGUUCCCUAAAAAAAAAAAAAAAACCCAGACUUGCUUAUUUCCCAAAUAUUUCCAGCUGUAUUCUCACAUCAGCUGACCCCGACUUCAUGCAGAAAUUUUACAAGGAAUCAAGUUUUUGUCAGUGUGAAAAAGUCGUCUUUUUGUUCCAAAUACUACGUUUAUGCUGCGAAAUGUUGCCAAGGUGUCAGACAUUAAUGCAAAAAGAAAGUCUGAAUGCAGUCCAGUAGAAAAUAUCUGCAGGUGAAGUCAUAGUGUGUCAGAAUCAGUUAUUGGUUAUCCUUUGUAAUACUUAUUCAUGCCAAACACAGAUUGCUUAUUUCAGCAUAAACCUGCUGAAAAUUAGACCACUUUUGGCUUUCAGCGGGUUUUAUUUUCUUCUUCUGACCUGAGCAAAAAUUUAAACAAGACAGACUCAAGUUUACAUGAACAUGUUUCUGUUUGGCCUGUACAUGAUGUUCUGAGGAGUCCACAAAGGUUUCUAGUUUUGGGUCUGGCUUCUGGUCUGGUUUAGUGUGAAGUAAAUAUUCUUUCCGCUGGUGAGCAUGAUUCAUUUGCUGUCUGAAUGCACUGCAGGAGGUCGCCCCUCUUACCAACAUAUUCCAGCCUCACUGGGUUAAAGAAAUGACUGCUAUGAUAGACUCUUAGAAGUCCACAUUUGCAGACUUUCAUUCAGUCUGUUUCUGUUCCUUAAAAUGAAACAAGAGCAGAGAGAUAUGUUGAGACUGAACACUGUUAAUUACAGGCGUUUAUAAUGACUCCUUGCAUCUGUCUUUCUCAGCUCUCCUACUCUGUGUGGUUUCCAUCCCAGCCCCCCAUCCCCUUUUAAUGACACAGCACCUCUGAAAUAAGCCGUAAAAACUGUCAACUGCUUUUUAACACGGUUCUUCCUCCCUGAUGUGAUCCUUUUCUGAGCGGAGAGGGGUCAGGUAAUGAGAGGUCCAGACGUCUGUUUCUCUGUUCACACUGACUGCAGAUGUUCCUGCACUAAAGACUAAGUUUCCUCUCCUAAUAACAGCGGUAACAGCUUCCACUGCUUGUUUAUCGCUCUCUUUUUAAAAGCUGAGCUGUAGAUGGAACAAGACGCCUGACUGAAUAGAGAAAUUCCAGUUGGAAUAAACAAAAAGACAGAAAACACUUGAUGGUAUCAACUCUGAUAAUCAUUUUCUUAUAUCUGUAUUUUUUAUCUGAUAAUAUUAUUUUGUCUUUUAAUGUUUAAAGAAUGAACCCCCCCCCCCCCCCAGUUAAACUAAACUGCAGAUGCAACAGUCAAUAUUUUGGUAAGUUGAUAUCUUGCAAAACUUUUCCAGGUUUUCCGUGGGGUUUUAAUUUGAAUAUUUUCCAUUUUUUUUAGAACCCAAAAGCUUUUUGUCGACUAAACUGAUCACUCGAUGCUUGGCUGUAACAGGAAUUUUGACAUUUUUAAACCACUGUCUUACUUUUGCACAUUUUUAAAGGUACAGUGUGUAAUAUUUAGCCAUAUUCAGAGGUCAUUUCUAGACUGAAAUGCUCUCUUGCUCAGCCCUUUUGUCAGCUGUUGUGUUCCUGUGAUGUUUAGUUAUGGUUUGUCAAGUCUUACCUUUAAAACAUCGAGAACAGCCACUCUCUUAUCCUUCCAACCCCGACACCUUUCCUAAACCUGCAUAGAUGGAAACCCAUGGGGGCCAAUGCCGAUACUGAUUAUUAGGGGGGGGGAUCUGAUUACCAAUUAAUCGGCCGAUUUUUAAAUUUUUUUCAUGAAGUUUUAAAAAAUAUAUAUGUAUUUACUGUAGAUAGAUAUACUAUAGAUACCUCCCCCCCACACCCACACCCACGGCCGCCUCAUUUCCGGUCCUGUCUCAUCUGGAGACAUGCAGCUGCCUCAGUAAGAGAAGCAGCUCGAUCACUAAUGUGUACUGUUGUUUAUGCUACCUUUAGCUUGCAUUUUACAUGGUGAUUCACCGUUAACUCGGCGGGACUGAGACCAGCACAGCGGGGAACAUGGUGAAGUGGGUUAAACUGAAACUUGUCGACUUAUUGUGUAUUUCACAAACUGGUUUAUUUACUGUUGAGGUGGACCACUCUCCUGCCUGCUUCAGAUCCGUCACUCUGCUGUGCUGUGAGGUAGUUAGUGGAUGUCAUGAGGUCACUGCGCCAUCUACAGGAUAAGUUGGGGAACUUUUCAAAUAGCGGAACAUUUUCGAAGUGAAACUGAAUCUUAUUCUCCGCAUUGUAUUUCUGAAAAUAUUGGCGAAAAUCAGCGAGUUUUGGUCAAUUACCAAUUAGUCUCAAACGGGCUAAAAUCGGGCCCUAGUUUCAAGUUAACAAAAUCAAACAUUUUUCUUCUUAAAUGUAGGUGUUUGUAUGCCAGCUGAAAAAUACAAAAAUGUGUUUUCUUUCUGUCAACUUUUAAAACUAGUAUGAUACAUUUCAAUUUUGAUUUUGGCCAUCCACGAUCAUAGAAAUAUAAGAAUCGAGAAUGCACAAUAUUGAGUUGCCUGCUCUUUCCCUUGUUAUGUACUACAUGUUGAAUGAACUGCAGAGUGUGGGCACAGACUCUCUCCUCCCCUCAAACAGCUCUCACUCUCACUUCAUCAUAAGAAGCUCAAAUCAAUGAGAAAUAACGAUUGGGAGCACCAGGAAGUUCCUGCUCCUGCAAAGAUUAUUAGUAGACCACUGUAUCUUCUUCAUGUACAGUGGUACAAAAUGUCAGGCAGCCACAUGUGGAGAGAGGAGUCUUGAAAUGAGCAAAAAACUCAGUUAACAGAUUUCCCUUCUGCAUAUUAACAAACUGGUGAAAAAGGGCUAGCUCUGUGGUAGGACUCAAGCUGGACUCAGUGGAGGAUGUGAUGGAGAGAUAGAGACUAUUCUAAAGAACAUGGAUCACCCACUUCACAACACCUUGAUGGACCAAAGGGCCAAUGGUGGUGGACGGCUCCUCUCUCUUCGCUGCAGGACAGAAAGAUUCAGAAGAUCUUUUGUACCAACAGACAUUAGACUUUAUAACUCUUGUGUAAAUAGUAGAUAACUUUUAGAGACAUAUUAAUAAAGUUCUCCUUAUUCUUAUUCUUAUUCUUAUUCUUAUUAAACUGAAAUGGUGUGGGACACAGACACUCAAAUGUGAAAUACUAAGAAGGCAAAAAGGAACUUCGAUUUGUCAGAAAAGUUCAACACAGUAAUGAAAGGUAACAGCUGUGUAUCAGACAGGCUCCAGGUGUGCCAAAGAUCAACAAAGAGGAAAAACAAAAAACAAACUAGAAAUGUAAAACAUGGAGCUUUUAAGAAAUUCAGUCAUUCAGAAAUGUCAACUGAGGGUAAAGUAAAAGCUAACACUGUUGUUUUGCAGCUAUUAGAGCUAAAUUUAGUCAAACUGCUUCCUCUCCCUCCCCGCAUUAAACCGAUCUCACCCACAUUUCUCCAUGUGGGAAACUUUGACUGUUUAUUUUUGAGCAGUCCGGUUAGAAAGUGACCCAUAUUCGGAGUUAAAGGGGCAGCGUCUGUCCGGGUUAUUUAAAGGGUGUGUGUGUGUCAUCAGUCAGCUCAGCAGGAGAACAAGGCUCCUCUGUCAGCACUACUCCCUCCUGUGUUUUGUUUAUGAAUGAGUGAGCAUUCACUUCAAGAGUCUGCAGGAUUACCGAGUGUAUGCAUGCACACCUGGCUGAGUAGCGUCUUUAUCCUCUUAUACCCUUGACUUAGCUGCAAGAUUAUGCCAAGAUACAAACACUUAUAUGGGAUCGUUUGGCGUUGUUUAAUCUCGCUCCACAGAUUUGAUAUCGUAUAAAUUAUCAAGCGUCCAGUCCAGCCUUCCUCCAAGCUUGCUGUUAGUAAUCCUUCGACACAGCACAGGUCAGCGGAGUUUCCCAGCAUCAGCAGUUCUUCAUGUGUCAUGUGUUAUUUUACCCACCAUCUGUGUGUCUGCCCUCUGUCUGUCUGUGUGCAUGUGGAAGUGUGUGUGUGUGUGUGUUUGCUUUCUCCACAUGGUUUCAUUAGAGAGUUUCACCACAGACAGACAUGACCUCCUCCGCACACUCAUAAAUUAAGACACUCUUGAAGAUGUAAGCUGCAUCCUUUGUCACUGACUGCUUCUUCUUUUCAGUGUUUACGUACUUUGUGAACAGUUUGAAUACAGCGAAGUACAUUUGCUUUGAAAAACUUGAAUCCCUUCGUGCUUUAUACUUCUUUCUUUGCUGUUUCAUAUUUUAGAUAGUAUUCUGUUCACACCGAGCAGAGCUGUCUGAACGCUGUCGCCGGAUGUUUUUGAACACCCUGCUGUUUCUUCUGCAUUUGACGUGCAUUUAUCUGGACAAAAACAUCUUUUUCUGGUAUACUAAAUUGUAUAGACAAUGAGUGUAGAAAAACAUCAACAACCUCAGUGGUUUUCUAACUGUGCUUCAGAAAGUAUGAAUCUUAACCACAAAAAUUGUAGUUUUUGUGUUGAUACAGAUAGUAAACGGCCUGAGAUAUGUCGCUGUCUUUUUAUUCUGCUUCAUCCGGGUCCGGGUCGCUCACCCCAGCCACUUCCACCAGGCGGAUUCCCAGGCGCUCCCAGGACAGGCGAGAGAUAUAGUCCCUCCACCUGGUUCUGGGCCGGCCACGAGGUCUCCUCCCGGUGGGACAUGUCUGGAACACCUCUAACGGGAGGCGUCCUGAUAGCCUGGCUGGGCCAUCCUGUUGCGUGAAUCACUUGCCGUUCCUUCCCACAACAGUCUGGACUUCGGCCCAUUGGGAGCGUGUAUUAGCGAUCAGAAAAUAACCGGGCCAAUCAGUGACUGUGUUUCCACUGUUCCCAGACAACAGGGAAAGGCAGCCCCUGAUUGGUCCAUGUGUAGAUGGUGACGUCUAACACAUGCUGCGGGACUUUUCAAAGCGCCGUUCAUUCAGAACGCCAUUAAUUCUGCAGUUGACUUUGCAAAGUCGGCAGGAAUCAUUUAUAUCCUACGUCUUCUGCGGAUCUAAACAAUUUCUGACGACUUUGCUUUUUAUGUUCAAAAAUUUUUUUUUUUUCACAUUUAAAAAUAAAUCUUAAAACCUGACUUACAUGUUUUGAGUAUUUUGGGGGGAAAUAUGGUUCCUGGAAAAGUCAGUAGACAAUCAUAAUCAUUCAACCGUUUCACUGGUGUUAAAAAUGCAGAAAAUCGUAGAAGAAUCCAAUCGGAACAAAUGCGUAUCGUCCCAGCCCUAAUGAGAAGACAACACUUUGAGUAGUAUGAAACAGAACAGUUCUGAUUCCCAAACUCAAACAGUCCUUGUAAAACCUUCAAUACAGCCUGCUAACUUUGCUGUCUUUUUACUCUCUUUAACUGCAGUGAUGAGCACUUCAACAAUAAACAAUCAAGCGCUCAAACUUUUACUAAUGUUGUACUUCUUUUUCCAAAUUUCUGAGUUCAUCAGGAGUGCUCAGUUUUUCCUACCAAAAUAAAGCUACUCACCAAAAUAUUCUCCUCUUGCACUUGACCUAAUAAAUCCUGAACAGAACAUUAUAGCGUUUUGUUCCAGCUUCCUUAUUCUUGAUCAUUUUGUGGGACAUAAAACCAAAACAAUGAACCGAAAGAAGCCAGAAAGUUCCACAGAGCUGAGAGGAAACUGCAGCGCCAGCCUUUAUUCCCCAACUGUUGAUAAUAAAAAUAUUAAUGUUCGCUCUGAAUUUAUUAUCCUUCGCCUGAUUUGAUCUGCUCAGACACCGAUGGCAGUGUUAGGGACAGAGCUGAGGUUCAUUUCCAGGAAUGAAACUUGAAAGUGGGUCUUUGUUUCUCUUGUUAAUGAGAUCAGGUUAUUCCUGUCAUUGUGUCUGUCAGAAACCUCACAGUGGAGUUUACUGCUGCAGCUGAUCACUUCCAAACACUCCAUCUGUGACUGAAAACCACUUUGUGCAUGUUUGCUCAAGACGAAGAUGAGUCAUACUAUGUGUGUUUGUGUGUGUUUGUGUGUAAACCAGUGAAUGAAAGCACCAUGCUGUCCCAGGCUUCCAGGACAUCAUCUUUCUCUUGCUGCUCGGUGACUCAUUCAUCCAGACUGAAGAUGGAUCUGUCUAAGCUUUUUUUUGAUGCCAUCAACACAGUCUGUCUGCUUUCUGGCUCUGAGACGUGGUUUAUAAAUUUGCUAUUUUUGCUUCAUACUACUGUUACAACAUAGUACUGAUAUCAGUCUACAUUUGUCAAUAGAUUAGCUUGAGCCAAUGACAAAAUAAUUAUAAUCUUAAUCGUAACAAUCUGCAGCCUAACUGAUUUAUGAGAUUUUUCCAUGAUAUGAACAAGACUAGAAAAGCACUCGGAGAGCACAGACCUCAGCCAAGCAGCUCAUGUCCCCCUUAUAUUGUGAUUCACACCAAAACUUUUACUGUUACGUGUCUUUUAUUAACUUUUAUUUGUGUUUAAACUGGUAUGUUCACUGUUCAUAAUGUUCCUAAAACAAGAAAUGCCCUGACCCGGAUUCAAACCCAGGACCUUCUGGUUGUGAGGCGACAGUGCUAACCACUACACCACUGUGCCGCCCAUUGGUUAUCUUUCAGCAUUGAAAAUUCCAAUGACACCCUUAUUUUUGUGUGUUCUGGAUCACAGUAUCCAGAAUUUUGUCUGGAUCAGGAUCAACCUUUGACACCUCAUCAAACUCAUUGAGAUCCUUUUGUGUCAUUUUUUACUAAAGACUCUGGACAUUUUUAUAGAGUUAAAUGCAAAAAUUCCAAAAUAUCUAUCUCACAAUGAUAAAGAAUCCUUCAAAAAAUUCCUGGAUCCAGAAGGCGAUCCGGAUCACCACCAAAAUGUAAUGGGAUCCUCCUGGGGCUGAGAUGCACCUCUGGUAAAGUUGCUAACAGACAAACAAACAAACAAACAAACAAACAAACAAGAAGAAGAAGAAUCAAAGGAGUGUUUGGGUACAUCCCAUAUUGACUUUGAGGAAGGAGAUGGGCGAGUUCCACACCACCAUCCAGCAGCUGAAGUUCCACCCCCCAAAAGCCGCAUGGGUCUGUGACGUCAUCAACAACAUGACUUUUGAUUGGCCAGAGGUCUAGCAGGUCCAGAUAUUCGCCUGUGAAUCUCCGAAAAAUUCGACACAAGAGCGAAAAAAUAAAAGUCGCUUUUCGCCCCGCGGAAAAAUCGCCGCCGAUGUGGAAGCUUGCAUUGACUUUUAUGCUGUCUUAAAAAAAAAGGUGAAUAAAGGCGAAUAAUUGGUGUGUAAGGACCUCAAGUUUGAAAAUUUUGGACACUGUGAACAAUCAUGAAAGUCUGUCGCACUUCUCUCUGAUAAGUUUGGAAAAAUAGUCCUGAAGCUUUCUAAAGGUGAACUUCAUCUUUGAGUUUAUCUGAAAGUUUUGUAUCACAGUUUGAGAGUCAUUUGUGAAAAACAAUAACUAACUGAACUGUAUAAUGUUUAACUGUCUAAUCAUCUCUUUCUCCAUCUUUCUCCUUGUGUUUUGCAGCCUUUCUCAGGAGACCAGAUGGACGAUUUCAGCAGUGAAUUAUUCAGCAGUUUCUUUGACGACCAUCUAUUAGAGCGCCCCCUUGUGGCAGACAGACCUCCACUUUUACACAUGGACACUGACAUGGAGAGCAGCCCAGGUAUGUUGCUUUCUUAAUAGAAAAAAGGGAUCCUUAAAUGAAAAGACAUGCCAAUCAAGAAUAAUCCAUGAAAUCCUUAAAUCAAUCAGGGUCCAUUCCUUCAAAUUACAUCUCUCCAGAGCUCGAGCAGUCUAUUGAAACAAUUAAAAGUCCUCAGCAGGUAAAUUAAGUUUGCCUGUGUAGUUUCUUUCCAAAACCAAACCGCUGUCUUAAAGAUGUUUUGCUUUGAAAUGCUUAUAGGACCCCAAAUCCCAAAUUUUUCCCCUCUGCAUCUAAUUGUCCGGUUUAAUUGACAUUCUGGUUUCAUUGGAUCAACUCCAGCCUGAGCAGCAGCCUGUUGUUCCACUUCUAAGCCAGCGUCUGGGUGGAAAAAGACCCAAAUCCUAUUAUUUGGAUUGAUUCAAAAAGCCAAAACACAAAGACCAACUAUAUCGAGUUGUAACUUUUAAACCGCUGACAUCGGCCCUGGCUCCCUGGUUAGAUCAGAUUCCACCAUGAGAGCCAGUUUCUGCUGCCAGAGUCUUUAAAAAUACUGCGCUUAAACCAGAAGGAAACACACAGGACGUCCACCCCACACACAGCAGGUGAUGUUUCAGACUACAACCAGCUGAGCUUCCAGUAGAUGAUCCACUCCAAGAUAAAGUUCAUGAGCUGGACACACAGGCCUGCACAGACUUAUUGUUUCAGUCUGUCCACCUUUGUCAUACUUAGACUGAAACAAAAUCUUUUAUUGGGACUUUGAUGUUUUAAAAGGUCACGGAAAAUAAUUUAGAGCAUGUAAAAUUACCAUUAAUUAAUCAUCAUGAAUAGAUGGAUACUCAUUCUCCAAAUAUUUACAGCCAAAUUUCACUUUGUCACUUUUAUUUUACUGCAAUAAACAACAUUGAAUUAUACACCAUGGCUAACACUAGCAGAGCUAGCACCACCAUCUCUCGGUCCCGUUGCAGGCUAACAUUCACAUGUCUGUGCUGGUGAUUUAAACAGAGUCUACAUGUCACUACAAUACUGACAAACCUUGCUGUGCAGCGAUGUCAUCUGUCAUCUGUGCUUGUUUACAUCUGGAUAGUAGAGGGUUGUAUCAGUAUAUGUCGACACUAAGUCAAGCCACAGCCUUGGUCAGUGAAAGAAAUCUGAUCCACGGCUUUGAUGCAGCAUACGGUGGAUAUUUAAGGCCAAGAAAAGAAAAAAAUUUAACAAUGAGUUUAGAAGACAUAUCAUUAGAGUUUUGGAUUAGCAAAGGUUACAACGUUAAUUGGUUCGCCGGCCAAUUAUGCACAUGCCUGCCCUUAAUUUUGGGAAAUAUCGGAUGAGGAACUUGUUUUUCGUUUUUCACCCUGACCCCUUUUUGUGAAAGAUCAAAAACACUAAUGUAGGUGGUGUAUUUCUGUUUCUAUCAGAUUAAAUUAAAUAAAAAAAAAAUCUUUGCACCUCACAGAAAAAAAUGCAUAUCUGAAAUUUAAAUUCAAAUCUUCAGAAACUCGUGAUUUUUGGCAAAGGCUGUGAAGGAUCUAGAGAUAUAAAACACUUUAAUAUUCAGCUUUCAGCGCUCAUGUCAUGGACCACUUCUGUUGCAGAGAUUUCAGGGUUAAUGUCCAGCCAUCUCACCCACAUCUGACCUUACAUGAAGAUCUGCUCUGUUUCUAAAUGUAACCUUAUUAGUAUAAGACAACCUGUCCCCAGCUGGAAAACCUUUAGGCGAAAAGGAAAUGAUCUCUAGGUGAUCCAUAUUCCUGUGAUUUCACCUGACGUGUCUACUGCAGAACAGUCACUUUCUGCCACAACUCAUCGAACACUCAUUAAAUUUCCUCUCAUGAAAGCUUCAUGGAAGAAUAACACAGCCUUUUAAUACACGUGUGGUUUCCCAGAAGCCAUCACUGUCAAGUUUCUGUCAUCUUUGAACGGGGCUUUUGAAUCUUACAGAUAUUCAAGCAGAGCACAGCUACUCUCUGAGUGAAGACUCUGCCCCCCAGAGCCCGGCCCUGUCAAUCAAAAUGGACCAAGACUCUGGUAGGUCAUCCAAGCAAUUAAUAAACCCCACAAAGUUUGAUAUAGUCACAUGUUCCUCUAAUCUUAGUUUAUUCUUUCUGGAGAAAUGAAAAGCCAGAGAAAGCUCUGCUGCUGAUGUUGAGUCUGCUUCUUUAUCAAACCAGCUGUUUCCUGGCUAUCUUGUUGGCUCAACUUUCUGUCUGAUAUUUGACAUGCAGUCUUAUCCUGUCAGUGUAUGUGUGAUCGGUUGAAUUUGAUUGGCUUAUUCCAAAGUAUAUCUUAUCAUUUGUGGUGAUUGGCUCUCUCUCAGUCAGCGUUUUCUGGCCCUGAUGCUUUCUUUUCAGCUUCAAAACAGGGUAUAUUUCAACAUGGUUUUACAGAAUAACAAGCGGAUUUGUAGAUGUAUUUGAUCCUCUUGUUUAUUUAACAUUAAUAAUGGAUUUCAUUCUUUAUUUGUUGUGAGAAAUUAGGUUUUUCUUGGGCCAGAGAGUUGAAAUUCAAAUCAUUGAAAAGCCUAUUCUGAAAUGAGAUGUGAUGCUGGCAGAGUUUACAACCACAUCCAGCAAAGAUGAUGAAAGAAAUCAACAUUUUACAUUAUUUUUUGGAAACCAUGGAUGCUACAUCCUUUGCCCUGUCAGCCUCAAGUUCAAAAGCCAGCAUCCUCGAUGCCACGAGGAUACAUAAGUUGGUUGUAUUGGUAGUGCACACAUUCUUUUACUAAUGUUUUGCCCAUUUUUUUGGAAAUCACAAUAAUAAACUAGAAAAGCACUCGGAGAGCGCAGACCUCCACCAAGCAGCUCAUGUCCCCCCUUAUAUUGUGAUUCACAGCAAAACUUUUACUGUUACGUGUCUUUUAUUAACUUUUAUUUGUGUUUAAACUGGUAUGUUCACUGUUCAUAAUGUUCCUAAAACAAGAAACGCCCUGACCCGGAUUCAAACCCAGGACCUUCUGGCUGUGAGGUGACAGUGCUAACCACUACACCACUGUACCACCUAUCUACACCACUGUGCCGCCCAUUGGUUAUCUUUCAGCAUUGAAAAUUCCAUUAACACCCUUAUUUUUGUGUGUUCUGGAUCACAGUAUCCAGAAUUUUGUCCGGAUCACCACCAAAAUGUAAUGGGAUCCUCCUGGGGCUGAGAUGCACCUCUGGUGAAAUUUUCAAGUCAAUCCGUCGGUAACUUUCUCCGUAAAGUUGCUAACAGACAAACAAACAAACCAACAGACAAACAAACAAACCAACGCUACCUUGGCGGAGGUAACAACCAAAAAUAUACUUUAUAGUUCGUCUUCUCAUGAGAGUUUUUGCAUAUGAAGAUUCUGCUCACGUCUCUUUGCAUGUGAUUAUCUUCACGGCCUUAAAUACCACCCGGUAGAGCAGAGCGUGACUGAAUUCUGACUCUCACAUAUCAACUGCGUGACGAUAAUGAUCAAAAUUCAAGGAGGGGUAUCAGGCAAACGUCAGCAUAUUUUGCCUCCCACUCAGGUCACGUGUCCAACUAAAUGAUAGGAGACAAAAAAUGACAUGUCUUUUGGUCUGAAUAUGAUCUUUCAUUUGUUUUGAUCUGACAUUUCUGGUUUGCCAAAGCUUGCUUGAUAUCUUGACGGCAGAUCCGUAAAUUUUUUCGAUGAUGAUGAUCUUAAUCCUGUUGUUAAGUCCUGGACCCAGUUUGGAAUCUCCCUAAUUCAGGCUAAUUGAUCCUUUGAUUGAUUUGCUCGUUUGUUUUCCAGCUUAAUUUCUGUCAGCUUAUUCCUCGGUAUUGAAGAGGAUUAUGUUGUCACAGGCGCCUCCUGCAGUUUGACAUGAAAACACUUUGUCUUUCCAAUGCCCCUGUCUCUCUUUUUAAUGACUCAUCUUCCUCAUUAUCUCAUCCUGUCUUCUUCCUCGUCUGUCUCUUUGUCUCUGUCUGUCUGUCUGUUCUCCGUUUGUCCUGGGGAUCCUGCUGUCUGAGCAGCAGGUUCCCAGUCUGAGCAGUUUUUCCUCCAGCUAAGCCCUGCCUACCUAACACACACACUCACUCACUAACACACACACACACACACUCAGACUCUCACACAACGCUAUGACAAGCAUAUGGUUUUGAGUCUGCAGCUCGAGCCGAGGCCAGCGGAAACUCUCUUUCUCUCCUCUGUCAGGUUAUCUCUCUCGAUUCUUUCCGUCUAUCUCUCCCUUUCUUUCCUGUUUUCUAUCUUCCCCCCUCUCUGUCUCCCAUGGGCCUAAUCCAAUAAAAUCCACUUUAUUGGUUUGAAUAUCAAAUUACCUGUUUUGCCAGAAUACCACACUGAAAAAAAAGGAAAAUCUGGCUCACAUGUAAAAACAACCGUCUGGCUUGUGGAUUGUAUUGAACCACAAUAUUUAUUUAGAUUGUACUUUGGUCUCAGGAGGAAAUAAAAUAAAGUUGGACUGAAUAAAUCAAAGUUAGAUAAAGUGGGAAUCACUACAAUCAGUGGAAACUUAACAUGUCAGCUGCAGUCAGGAUGAACCUUUAGAUGGCAAAGCUUCAGCAAAACAGGAAAAUGAUUUAUAAAACAAAAAGAUGACUUAUUCAAGGUAAAUAAACCUGAGCACUAUUCAGAGGUAUUUUAGGUCUAUAUGACUAAUAACAGGGUUUGGAAUAUCUCCAGUGGAUUUGUCUCUGCCUGCAGCUGUGAAACAGGCUGUAAUGGCUGAUUAAAACACAUGAAGUCUCUGUGUUUGUCUCUGACAGACUGUUAAUAUCAGUGUCUAAGAACAUUACAAAGAGGUUCUGUACAGAGAGACCUAUUUUGUUGAAAUGUAAGAUCCAUUUUAACCAGAAACAGCCUGUUGACAAGUCCAUUGAUUUCACUUAGCAAGAAAAAUAACUGUUUAGUCUCUGGAGUUAUGAAACUUUCGAAGGCAGAAAGAGGAAUCUCCCUCCUGGUUAACAUUUAUUUUAUUUCCCACGGCAAAUAAAAUAAAGAUACUUGAUUCACAUGCAUUUGAUGCUUUAAUGUUGUGUCUUCACUCACUAUAUUUGCGUGCUAGAUUGUGUCUAAGGUAGAGCUCCAACUAUUUAAUUAAUGCGAGAGAGGAGGGGUUUCCCAGAUAUUCAUGAGUACAACUCGCUGAAAAGGCAUCACUGGUGUCGCCUGACAAAAACCUGUGAUGAAUCUGUGUCUUUUUAUUACCUCUGCCAAGGAAGUUAUGUUUUUGGUAGCGUUGGUUUGUUUGUUUGUUUACGGAGAAAGUAACAGACAAAUUGACCUGAAAUUUUCACCAGAGGUGCGUCUCAGCCCCAGGCGGAUCCCAUUACAUUUUGGUGGUGAUCCGGACAAAAUUCCGGAUACUUUGAUCCAGAACACACAAAAAUAAGGGUGUCGUUGGAAUUUUCAAUGCUGAAUGAUAACCAAUGGGCGGCAGAGUGGUGUAGAUAGGCGGUACAGUGGUGUAGUGGUUAGCACUGCCGCCUCACAGCAAGAAGGUCCUGGGUUUGAAUCCGGGUCAGGGCAUUUCUUGUUUUAGGAACAUUAUGAACAGUGAACAUACCAGUUUAAACACAAAUAAAAGUUAAUAAAAGACACGUAACAGUAAAAGUUUUGCUGUGAAUCACAAUAUAAGGGGGGACAUGAGCUGCUUGGCGGAGGUCUGCGCUCUCAGAGUGCUUUUCUAGUUGUCUCUGUUAUGAUGGUCACAAAGACAGAUUAAGCAAUAACGGGGCCAUAAAUCUGUGCUGUGACUGACACACACGACAGACAACACAGUGGUACUUGACCAUCGUGACCAAUGUGUUGAUGAUGAGAGGAAAAGAGGCGGAGCUAGAUGACACAUAGAAAGGAUCCUGUAAACAAACAAUAUUAGGAAUGUGUGUCCUCAGUCGACUAAAGGAAUCAUCACCCUUACCACUCAAGUUGGGCAAGUUAUCAAUAUUUUGACAAUUUUAGGCCUAAAAUGCUAAAUGCUAAAUGGCACAACACUUUACUACCUGGAUGCAAACUAACACAGAUGACAGAUGGUGUCUCAUGGUGUGGGGUAGUUAAUCCGUAUUUUGAACUGGGUAGAAUGAAACUACUCAGCCGGGGUAACCAGCACAGGCAUGUUGAAGGACCUGAUAGGAGGACCGAAGGCUCUGCUAAUAUUAGCCACACAGCGAAAUGUCACAUUAUUUAUCUACAGUCUCAAAGAUGCCCUGUCAAGUUAUGUUAAAUAAAUCAUGUUAACUUGACUGAAACAAUGUGUAAUAAGCUCAGGUAUGUGGGUGUUAACCUGUGGGGUAGGACCAAAGCCUGGUGGUGCUAGCUCUACUGUUGGUAGCCACGCAGGGCAAACCAGUUUUGAAUUGUUUCGACUCUGUGAUCCUGCAGUUGUUAAAAUAUAUUAUUUUUUUGACUUUUUACUGAGUACUUGAGAACAUCCUAGUUCACACUGUAUUUGUGUAUCUGUACAUGAUAAAAACAGUCAUUGAGAAUGAUAUACUCACUUUAUGUUAGUGUUAAUGGUAGUAACUUAGAGUUUCUGAUGUGCUACAAUCAGAGACAGAUGUUACAUUGCUCUUUUUAAAGCCACCACACUGAUUCAACAGGAGUCGCUGGUCGACUUCCAUUUCAGCUGGUUUGUCUGUCUGCGUUGUUUGAGUUCAGGUAGUUCAAAUUCAAAAACAUUUACAAGCUUAAGGUAAAACAAGUAUUUAUUGUCUAUGGAGGGUGGUGUCAGAUAUCAUCAUCACAAAGUCUUCAACAAAACAGAUGAAUCAUAUUUAAUUUAGAGGUAAUUUAUUCAAACUUUUUUUCAUAUUGCCUGUCUGUAUUUGUGCAGCAGUCAUCUUAAGUUCACAUAUGGAAAACACACUCUCCCAUCUGUCAUAUAUAUGCAUUUGAAUCUAUUCCAGCCUCUCAGUAUUGAACUUUAUCCAAAUGCAAUUUAUAACCUGACCCUGCUCCACAAAGCCUGACUGUAAGCUGCUUUUACAUCUCUACCUUAGUGCAUCCACCGCACAAACAAACCUUUAUAUUCAGACGACACUUAAGUGUUUUCAGACUUGAACUUCAACUUUUUCUCAUAUCAGAAUGAUGAAAAAAACACAUUUAGAUUUAUAUGCACAGUUAAACUACUUUUCUGCUAUGUAUAGAGGAUUUAUACAACUACAGAGCUGUUCCUAAUUUAUACUUCCCUUUACCUUCUGUGUUGCCGUCUCAAAAACUGUCAUUAGAACUGCAAUUAUUCACUGUAUUGGCACUGCGUUUUGAAUCAGAUGUGUAAAAAUAUACAAUCAUUGAAGUAUUUAAGUCUCCAGGAGUUUAAGUGUUUAUCACCAACAGCUGAGGUUUUUUCCCCCCUUUAUUUCAGUCAGUUUAAUUAUUCAUCGUUCGUCAGUUUCUACAGGACACAGUAAGAAAACUGCCCGUCUCUAUGAAUCAUAUUGAAUAACCACCUUGACAUGUUAAAGCUGUUGACCUUUCAGAAAUGUAUUUUUUUUCUCCAUGAAGGAAUUUCUGAAUCAUGGUAUGUACUUUUGGAUGACUGCAGAAAGAGCAAUUUAAAGUCAUACCUGGUGUGUUAAAAAAGUAGAUGUCCUCACAUAUUCCAGUCACAGGUUUCUAUAUAAUUCUCUAUGUCUGAAGUUUUAUUUUUGCAGGACACUGCCUAAACUUGUUUUUCUUGCAGUUGACGCCUGUUAAGCAUAAUGAAGCAUUAGGGGCCACCUCAUUAGGAAAAUUAAUUUCAAGUUUAAAGAAUACAGAUGUAAUUAAACAUAAAUUUAUAAGAGUAAACUCAAAAACGAAGUCAUGGGACCAAUUUCAAAACUUCCAUUUUUAUCCAAACUUUUAGAGAAGGUGGUUUCUAAACAGCUUUUAUGUUUUAUGUCCGAAAACAACCUCUUUGAGAAAUUUCAGUCUGGUUUUAGAGCAGGUCACAGCACUGAGACUGCCCUCCUCCGUGUGACCAAUGACCUUCUUUUAGCAGCAGAUAGAGGGGAGGGCUCAAUUUUAAUUCUUUUAGAUCUCAGUGCAGCUUUUGCUACAGUUGAUCAUACUAUUUUAAUUGAACGUCUUAAAAACUGGGUGGGUGUCAGGGGCACUGCACUUGGCUGGUUUCAGUCGUAGAACGAACCUUUGCGGUCACCAUAGGCAAUCACACCUCCUCUACUUCUCCUAUCGCCUGUGGUGUUCCGCAAGGUUCAGUUUUAGGUCCAAUUUUAUUUUCUAUAUACAUGCUGCCCCUUGGCCAAUUAAUUCAGCGCCACAAAGUCUCCUUUCACUGCUAUGCAGACGACACACAGAUAUACCUUCCUUUGAGACCUGAGGACCCAAGAGGCCUAGCUGCUGUCAUGGACUGUCUAAGUGACAUUAACUGUUGGAUGGCACAAAAUUUCCUUCAGCUAAACUAUUCAAAAUCUGAAAUAAUUCUCUGUAACAUACAAAACUCCCCCCUCAUUCAGUCUUGUCUCGGUCCACACUCAGUAAUCAUCAAACCAACAGCCAGAAAUCUGGGAGUAACCUUUGAUUCAGACCUCACCUUCUCCACCCAUAUCAACAAGAUUGUCCAGUCCUGUUUCCUUCACCUGCGCUCCAUUUCAAAGAUUAAACAAAUACUCACCCCACCAGAUCUCGAAAAGAUAAUCCACGCCUUCAUUUUCUCAAGAAUGGACUAUUGUAACUCUCUCCUCCCUGGUUUAAACAAGAAAUCACUCUCUCGCCUCCAACUAGUUCAGAAUGCAGCAGCUAGACUUUUAACUGGUUUUAGUCGACGGCAUCACAUCACCCCAAUUUUAGCCUCCCUUCACUGGCUCCCUGUCAGCUUUAGAAUUGAUUUUAAGAUUUUAUUGAUUACUUUUAAAGCGCUCAAAGGACUUACUCCGAGCUACAUUUCAGAGCUUUUAAUAUCUUAUGAGCCAACUCGCAGCCUCAGAUCCUCUGGCGAAGGCCUCCUGGUCGUUCCAAAGUCGAGGCUCAAGACUAAAGGUGAUAGAGCUUUCUCCAUCAGAGCUCCUCGACUUUGGAACGACCUGCCAGAGGAGAUAAGGCGUGCAGAGACAGUCGCUUCUUUUAAGUCAAUUUUAAAAACUCACUUUUACAGACUUGCCUUUAUGUGAUGCCAUCUUUCAUCUUUUAUUGCCUUUUACCGUUUUUAUUUUUCUCCUUUUUCUUUUACCUCUUUCACCUCUUUCUUAUUUAGACUUACUGCCUUUUUAGCCUUUGUUUUACUUAUAAUCUUUUUAUUGAUUUUAAUGUUUUCAUUUUCCUUUAUUUUAUAUAUAUAUAUUUAAUUCCACUUUAUCAUUUAUAUUACCAUCAUUUUAUUUGAUUAUGAUUUUAUUAUUAUUAAUAUCCUCUUUCAUACUUACUAGCCUGUUUUCUUCCCUCCUUUUCUAUUUCUUUUUUUUGCUUUUAUUUUGGUCCUCAUGGUCCCAUUUAUUUUGUAGGGUUCUUGUAUUGCCUGGUGUGUUAAAAAAGUAGAUGUCCUCACAUAUUCCAGUCACAGGUUUCUAUAUAAUUCUCUAUGUCUGAAGUUUUAUUUUUGCAGGACACUGCCUAAACUUGUUUUUCUUGCAGUUGACGCCUGUUAAGCAUAAUGAAGCAUUAGGGGCCACCUCAUUAGGAAAAUUAAUUUCAAGUUUAAAGAAUACAGAUGUAAUUAAACAUAAAUUUAUAUUAUAUUAUUAUUAUUUUUGUGCCUCGCCGGCAGCGUGGCGUAGGCGCAGUGUCAGUCAGGUCCGCCUGCACACUGUCUCAUAUAAGCACAGAGGGAUUUGGUGUGAGUAGGGUUGGACCCACUGAUAAGACAAACAUUUUUGUCUUAUCAGUGUUGUCAUAGCUUUUUCUGCGAAAGAGUUUAGGAUUUAUGACAAAUUGACGGUAAAAAUUAGUUAUGAAAAGAGCUGAAACCUGCCACAACAGGAGACUUCAGCUUUGUUAUUGAAGUUUCAUGAGCUGUUUUUUAUGUUAUUGGUACUCCGCCAGACGAAAACACCACUGCGCGGGGUCCGUCACCCUCUGCCGUGCCGCCGGCGGGCACGAAAAUAGAGCCCACGAAGUUCAUUUUUAGAAUAAAGUUGAACAUUGUAACAAUAAACCUGAAAAAUUCUAAAUGAAAGAUGUACAUUUAUGGCAAUAAAUGUGUAAAUUUUCAAGAAUCAAGUCUUGCAGUGGUGACAAUAGUAACUGUGACAGUUAGCUUUUUCUGAGAAAGAGCAUUUAUGACAAAUUAAAGUUAUGAAAGGAGCUGAAACCUGCCACAACAGGAGACUUCAGCUUUGUUAUUGAAGUUUCAUGAGCUGCUUUUUAUGUUAUUGUUACAUUUAUGUUGAGCUUCAAACAAACUUUAAAAAUCUCACACUGUUUUUUUUUGGGAUUUCGAAAUUGCAUGUUAUAGUAGCGAGAAUAGAAGUAGGACAAUGCGCAAUAAACACUGAAUAUCAAAGGCACAUAUCAAAGAGUCCCAAGAAUAAAUGCAGGACCCUUUUAAUAUUGCACUUGGGUGGUAUAAGUUUCCAGAAAUGUUAUGAAAUUACCAAAAAGUUCUGAACCCGCGGUGAACCUGAGGCUUUUUGUCCCUUGGAAGUCUGCGGUUUAGGGCGAGUUUAUCGUUUUUCCCAGCUGGUAAUCCUCCAGAGAUGGUUUGCUUGUAAAGUUUCUACUACUGGGCUUAAUUUGAGGGAUGAAAAUAUAAAUAUCUUUUGAAAAGUGUUUGAGUAAAAAGGUCAUCUUCAUCUAUUUUAAUUAUGUUUGAUUUAUCGUUUUCCGUACACUCAUUUCCAUGUUAUUGAUAUUUGAUAGUGAGUGUUUGACUCUCCCCUUAGCUUCUCUUUUCUCUCUUGGCCUGUGGUCUCUCUUCUCGCUGCUCGUGUUCAGUCAAAAAGAAGCUGUGUGUUUUACUGCCGCUCCUGCAGCGUGGCUCCAUGUAUUGUUUUAAUGCUCCUCCUGUCCUGCUGAGAUCAAACACAGUCACCACCCCUCUGCUGUUAGCGCCCCGCUAUGACCGCCAGGAGCUCUGUGGUCAUUAGCCAUUAGCUCAGUGAAAGGAGGAGGCUUUCACAGCAGCACUGGCUGACUUUGGUUAAACAACAGCAUCCUCCACAUGAAAAUGAGAGGAUUUGCAUUAUUUUAUUCCACAAAAUCAUUUACUGUUACUUUGCAUAGGACCACACAAAUACAUGUUCCACGUCUUUUGUCUUUUGGUUGAAAAAUCAAGAUUACACAAUGACUUCAACUCAUGAUUACAGUUUUUAAAUCAAUAUUAAGGGCACACUAAUGGCUAAUGUAACUCCUGUUGAGCAAGAAAGAUCUUUAAAAAGUAACAACAGCUCAGUCUGGUUGGUUUACAGCUUUAAAUCAUUGCGUUAAACUGUCCUGUGAGGUUUGAAAUGAACUUUGUCCCAGUCUACUGUAUGAAUAUUGGAUUAUCGACAUGAAAAGCCUGCUGCCAAAGCUAAGUUUCCGAGAUUUUAAUUGAAAAUAUCUUUGCAACAAUAUUUAAAGUUUCUCUUUGCCAGAUUUUGUCUCUGCGGACCUGGCUUUUGUUACUUUUCCCGUAAUCAAGCAAACAUGCUGAACAAAGCAAAAGAUGGAUGAAGUAGCAGGAAAAACAUUCAAAAAAAAGACUUGUUGAAAACUGAAAAUAAAUAAAAUCUUACUUUUUAAAAACUUUUUUUCAACAGUGUCAAAAAAAUUGUUUUUCCAUCUUUGAAAAAAACCACCAUGUUCAGGACGAGCUUACUUUGGCGAGCAGUCAAAAACUUCUGGUCCUCAUUAAGAAGAGGUCGUCCAAUCAUACUCAGGAAGCUUAACGAGGUCAGGAGGCUUAAAGAGGCUCAGGCUAUCAGCAGGACCCUCGUUUCUGACUCAUACAGAGGAUGUUGUAACUAAAACUGAAUAUGCAUGUCUCUCCUCAUCCAACUUUGUACUCAGGCAGUCAUGUAACUGAGCUAUUUCAGCCACCAAACUGACUAAAGCACAAAUGACAAAAUGACAAAUACAAAAUCAGUUCCCAAUUGUUGCCUCAUCGGCUAAAAUUUGACAGUUUUGGUUUUAUUAAUAAUUAGCUUCUCCAACCUCCAAAUCUGUGAACCACCAUAAUCUGUAAGUCAGUGUUGGUUCCUAUUAAAGGCACCAGAUGUGUUGCACCGUCAGUCUCUCUGCUUUUGUGAUGGACAGGAUAAAGGGACUAGCUUUUACCUGACGCACACACACACACAGCUUGUAAACUUCAGAGUGUUUUAACCAGCCAAAUGUUGCUAGGCAACCCUGAGGCGAUUAAAAUGACGCUCACUCUCGCACACAGCAGCUCUCGUCUCGUUAAACUGCUACCGUUCUCUUUCCAUACGCCACGGAAGCCUUUUAGCCGUGUGUGCUGUGACAAACAUCAAAGUGUGUGUCUUUAAAAUGGAAAAACGCUGAAUGACUCUCUCCAUCCGUGGAUACCGUCCGCUAACUUCAUCACUCUAAAGAAGUUAUGUCAUAGACAUGGUUUCACUUUCCACUUGAAACUAAAUGCUAAGUUUAAAGCAUUUACCUAAUGAGGUUCUCCUGGCGCAGUGCCCAAUCAGCUCACAUUUAAACGAGCCUUAAUUGAAAACAGGCACGGACACAGCCAACCUCCAGCUCUGGUGGACCCAUCAUAUCACAGAAACAGUCAUUGUAACUAAAGACUCUUUUGGCUUUUUCACCAUCUACCAAGCCGCCCCCGUCACCUGGAUCAGUCGGAGGUUUUGGAGAUUUAUAAUAAUAAUAAUAAUAAUUGUAACUUUAUUUGUAUAGCACUUUAAAAAAAACAGAUGAUUACAAAGAUCUUUGACAUGUAGCCGUAGAGCACAUGGAAAAAGACAAAUAAAAACAAAAAAGUCAGUAAAAGAUAAAUUGAAGGUUAUUUUCAUGUCAUAAGGAACCAUAAAUGAGACCAUGAGGACCAAAAUAAAAACAUAAAACAGUUAAGAAAAAAGAAAAAUGCAAUUAAAAGGGAGGAGGAAAGUGGAAACAGGAUAGUAAAUAUAAACUGAUAAUAAAAUGAUAACGGGUAAUCCUGAUAAUAAAAGGAAUGACAAAAUAGAGCAAUAGAAAUGAGCAAGAUAUAAAACAAUAAAAGGGCUUUAACGUUUAAUUAAGAAAAGAGCACAAGUUUAACAAAAGAUAAUAAGAUUGUGAAGCCGAAAUAAGACAGAUAAAAGAUAGAGAUAAAAAAAGAUAAAAGACAACAUCACGUAAAAGCGAGUCUGUAAAAGUGAGUUUUUAAAUUUGACAUAAAAGAAGUGACUGUCUCUGCUGUACGCCUUAUCUCCUCUGGCAGGUCGUUCCAAAGUCGAGGAGCUCUGAUGGAGAAAGAUCGAUCACCUUUAGUUUUGAGUCUCGACUUUGGAACGACCCGUAGACCUUCGGCAGAGGAUCUGAGGCUGCGAGUUGGCUCAUAAGGGAUUAAAAGCUCUGAAAUGUAGCUUGGAGCGAGUCUUUUGAGCGCUUUAAAAGUAAUCAAUAAAAUCUUCAAAUCAAUUGUAAAACUGACAGGAAGCCAGUGAAGGGAGGUGAAGGGAUUUACAAGUUAACAUAAUUUGCACUGAUAAUCCUCCUGAUAGUAUCUGGGCUUGAAUGUCCUGAGACAAUCAGGAAAUUGUCAAAGAGUUCAUGUUUGAAAAAUACAUUGACUGUCGAGGGCUGACUGCUCAUCUUUACGGCGUCUAAAAAGGUAAAACAUUUUAUGUCAGAUUUUUUUCUCAGCAAACUCGGAGCCUAAAUCGUAUAAACGUUCAUGAAAUACUAGAUUGAACAUUUUGUAACCUGCUGAAAAAAAGUUAAGAGAUUGAGUUUCCCUUUAGAAGACCACAAACAAACGAAUAACAAAUUUUCUUUUUUAUUUUAAUUUAACAACAAAACAGAGCGACAACAACAACAAAAACAACAACAAAAUAAUAAUAAAAAAAUUAACAAAAAUACUUUUGUGAGGGGGGGAGGGGGAAAAAAUAUAUAUAAUAGAGAAUAAAAAAUAAAUGAAAUAAAAUAAAAUAAAAAUCUUAAUUGGAUUACAUUGAAAUAUAUAAUAAUAAUAAUAAAAUUAAUAAUAAUAAUUACAUAUAUAUAUAUAUAUAUAUAUAUAUAUAUCCCCGAAUCACUGACACAACAGCAACGAUACAACAACGACAACAGCAUCAAUAAUAACAUCAAUAGUUAUACUGGCAAUAAUAAUAACAACAAUAAACGAAUGACAACGAUGACGACUAACAAAUUUUCAUCCUCAUCAGCCUGAUGUGUGGUUAAAUCAGGUAAUCCUGAUUUGUUACUCAUCCUGAGAAUAUUUAUGCUCUCCCCUCCAGUGAUAAAGAGUAAAGGCGUCCUCAGAAUUAGAGACAUAAAUCCCAGUGUGCUUCGGAUCAUCCGAGGUCAUUCCAGGAGGUUUGCUGGUGUUGGCGGCAGAGAUGAUGGGAGUGUUUUCAUCAUCUUUCCCACAAGGACACAAACUACACCCAGAGUGGCACUGACUAACUCUCCUGUAGUGGCACUCAGGCCCCUAAAAAUACUUUCUUUAUCGAAGUGUAGACUAAACAACAAACUGUAUGUGAGAUGCUUUUAGAAGAAAAUAACUUCAAAGUGUCCUGUUAGAUUUUCUUUGAAAUCGCCCUCACAUAUCCAUAUUUUCAGCUAAUUUUAAUACCAAAGCUGCUUUACUCCCAGCUUGAUUUGCUGGUUCAGCCCAGCUUUUAUUUCAGGGUUGAUACACACAGACAAAUUAUGCACCAGAGUUGCCAGAGCGCCGCCGUCCAGCAGUCCAUAAUGACCAGCUUCGUCAGGAAGUGCUCAAAUGUUUGGGGAAGCUCUUUGAACAUGUGAUUUAUAAGCUACCAGUUACUUCCCAUCGGUGGACCUACAGCAAAGCUUCCCCUGAGGAGAUGGAGAGUUCGGUUAGACAGGUUCACUCUGGUUUCAUUUACUUGGUUAAUACCCAUCUGACUCAUUUGUACUUCAUUUUUAGAUAACUCUUUUAAACCAAGACAAAUAAUUUGAAACAGACUAAUGGAAACCUUUGAUAAUGAGUAAGAGAAAAGGAGCCUUACACAAGAGUUUUACACAAUUUUACACAAAUGCAAUAAUUUCAAUGCAGAGAAACUCUUUUUUAAGCACUGAUUCUGACUUAUUUCUGGAUUUUGUUUGUCUUUCCUGUAGAAUUUGAAUGGAACUUCUCUCAGGACCUUUCAGCCAUCUUGGUGAAACAAGAGGAGCCUGAUGUGGGUCAAAGGUUAGAUCCUCAGCCUCUGGAAGGACCGCCUCUUAUAUUAAACCCCGCCCCACCACACAGAGGAUCCGCAUGGAAACACACAGUCAGCGAUCAUCAGGUUGGAAAAUGAAACACCUUGAAUAAUGUCGAUUUUUUUUUAAUGGGUUGUUUUUAAAACGAAAUUUCUUCAUCCUUCGUGUGUCUGCAGGAGCGAAGUCCAGACGAUGUGAAGCCAAAGGCCAUAAAAGAUGAACCCAGAGAGAUGGGACAGUACCUCAGCCUGCCCACCGGUACUCAAUCAGCUUAGACAGACACAUAAAUACACAUAAAUAUAGUUAAAUUAAACAUAAAUAUUUCAAAUGCAUCAUCUAGUGCAAGUUCAAGACGGGGAGAUGAGAACAUAAAAAGCUGCUGAGUAAGAGUCACCUGGUUUUUGAAGGAAAGACACGAUGUACUGUCCUUUGUGUGUUCUCAAUGCAUUGUCUGUAUCUCCCUGAAAUCCUUAUUGUAGCCGGCAAUGCAGUGUCUAUGCUUUUCAUAUCACCAGUUUCUAGAUGCCUCCUUUAUUAUGUCGAGGUUGUUCAUGUUGAGCAGCAGUUGAUCAAUGUGAAUUUCCCAGCUAGGGAUCGAUCUAUCUAUCUAUCUAUCUAUCUAUCUAUCUAUCUAUCUAUCUAUCUAUCUAUCUAUCUAUCUAUCUAUCUAUCUAUCUAUCUAUCUAUCUAUCUAUCUAUCUAUCUAUCUAUCUAUCUAUCUAUCUAUCUAUCUAUCUAUCUAUCUAUCUAUCUAUCUAUCUAUCUAUCUAUCUAUCUAUCUAUCUAUCUAUCUAUCUAUCUAUCUAUCUAUCUAUCUAUCUAUCUAUCUAUCUAUCUAUCUAUCUAUCUAUCUAUCUAUCUAUCUAUCUAUCUAUCUAUCUAUCUAUCUAUCUAUCUAUCUAUCUAUCUAUCUAUCUAUCUAUCUAUCUAUCUAUCUAUCUAUCUAUCUAUCUAUCUAUCUAUCAUAGUGGAGUUACUGCAAACAAGAAAGAAAGGAAACAAUGGACAAGAUGAAAUAAGGACAAAUCCAACAAACCAUAAAAAGUUACUAAGCUAUUAUCACUGCAGAGACAUCUAACCAACAAUUUUAGCCUGUUUGAGACUAACCGAAAACAUAACCUCCUUGGCGGAGGUAAUAAAAGAAACUCUGAAACUUAUCAAAACAAGAUGGAAAGUACUCCAAAAGGUACCACUGAUCACAACUUAAAUGGGAUAGAGUAACGAUAAGUAACCUCAUGCGCUAACGUAAAUAAAUAGAUUAUCUCUGGACUAAAACCAAGAUUAAAGAAAGCUAAUAGAUAAGUGAUUUGGUUCUUUUUUUCAUGGAUGCACACUGCUACAAGAUAUUGGAAAUAUUUUGAAAAAGGUCAUCAUCCAAAAAAAAAAGCCUUCUCUGAAAAUAAACUAAAGGUCUGUUUUGAUGUGAACCCCUGUGAGCCUUCCAGCAUCAUUUGGUCAAGAUCAUCUUCAUCCAUAAAAACAUGAACUUUCCUCUUAUUUGCUGCUAAAACUCUCAAAAAUCAAUCUUUAAUCAAAGGAGAGCUCUGACACAUCCUCCUCUCCUCUAGACGAUGCUCUCCAGCUCCCACCCACUCCUCCCAGCAGUAACCAUGGCGACAGCGACGGCUCCCUCCCUCCCUCCUCCCCGCAUCUUCCUCUGCCCCCGUCCUCCCCUCCGCCACAGCAGAGGCCAGGAGGUCGAGCCUCUUCAUCCUCUUCUUCGUCUUCUUCCUCAGCCAUCUCUUCCUCACCCCUCCUCACCGCUCCACAUGUGAGUAAAAGAACAACCUGCGUCUUUUUUACACCGAAUUGACGACUUGAUUUAUGGUUUCAGCUGAAGGAAGAUUUUCAAAACAAGUCCGUAAUUUAACUAAAAGUUGUCAGAGUCACAUUGUAGUACAACCUAUUCCAGUUUGUUCCCCCUUUUGGCCUCUUCUGUGAGCUUCAUUUUCCUAUUUUUUGAGUUUUCCUUUACUCUUUUUAAAAAGCAAAAAUUAUUCAAACCUGCUCAGAGUUAAGACGGAUUAGACACGGCAGAGUUUAGAGGAACAACUUCAGCCUGGAGAGAAAUUUAACAUUAAUACAAGAGGGGCGUAAUUUCCAUAAGAAACCCCUUUGGGCAUCAAAAUAAUCUGCAAAGAAAACAGCAAACAGCUGACUGUAUCAGAGCACCAGGUCCAUUUUUUCUUCAUAAAUUAUUCGAUCACUGUGAUUGAAAACACACUCAGGGUUUUCACUGCUUUUGUGGACAUACCGUGAGAAAGAAAAGCUUCAGGUUGAUUAAAAGUUGCAAACAAGUUGAUGCCGUCUUUGUUUGUUUGUGCAGAAGCUGCAGGGCUCAGGACCCCUCAUGCUGACAGAGGAGGAGAAGAGGACCCUGGUCGCUGAGGGAUACCCUGUCCCAAACAAACUCCCUCUCACCAAGAGUGAGGAGAAGGCACUGAAAAGAGUCAGGCGGAAGAUUAAAAACAAGGUGAACACCAAACCUUUCAGUCUGUCUGUGCUCACAGCUAUAUUACACAUCAGAUUUACUCCAAAUAUAUCUCAAGCUGGGAAAAAAAAUCAGAAUCAUCCUGACUCAUAGAGCUUAAAGAGGUGGUUGUAAAAAAAUCACCGAUCUGAGUUGGUAUAUUCAGACUCCUUGGUCUGAGAGGAAAUAAAGAUUAUUUUACAGACUUCUUUUGAAUCGUGCUGAUAUUUUUCUGUUUUCCUUCCAGAUCUCAGCUCAGGAGAGUCGGAGGAAGAAGAAAGAGUAUGUGGAAUGUCUGGAGAAAAAGUAAGUCUUGGAAAAAAUGUGUCCCCCUUUUUUACGUUCCUUUUCCACUCUCGUUGGGUUCAUUUCAGAUCUGUCUUUCUGUGAUAUCUGAUCCUUCAUUUCCUCAUUGGAGGCCCUAAAACUUACCAUGCUGUUAUAUAACAGAGACCAUAAACUGUUGUCAAUUUCCAGAGUUCCAGAUCGUGAUAUAAAACAUCACGUUAAUGUUGUUAAACUGAUCUCAGAUUACUCUAAAACUAAAAACUGAUCGAGGCUCAGAAAAUAUUUACAAAAGACGCUCAAAUUUUCUGCUGGGAAAGGAUCGUGAACUGUAAUAAUAAUAAUAAUCAUGAUAAUAAUAAUAAUAACUUUAUUUAUUAAAUGUUUUAAACUUUGUGCCAUCCAACAGUUAAUGUCACUUAGACAGUCCAUGACGGCAGCUCGGCCUCUCGGGUCCUCAGGUGAAAGGAGACGUUGUGGCGCGGAAUUAAUUGGCCGAGGGGCAGCAUGUAGAUAGAAUAUAGAAUUGGACCUAAAACUGAACCUUGCGGAACACCACAGGCGAUAACAGAAGUAGAGGAGGAGGUGUGAUUGGCUAUGGUGACCGCAAAGGUUCGUUCUAAAAGAUAAGACUGAAACCAGCCAAGUGCAGAACCCGUGAUACCCACCCAGUUUUUAAGACGUUCAAUUAAAAUAGCAUGAUCAACUGUAUCAAAAGCUGCACUGAGAUCUAAAAGGAUUCAAAUUGAGCCCUCCCCUCUGUCUCUAGAAGGUCAUCGGUCACACGGAGGAGUGUCUCAGUACUGUGACCUGCUCUAAAACCAGACUGAAAUUUCUCAGAGGUUGUUUUCAGACAUAAAACCUAAAAUCUGUUUAGAAACCACCUUCUCUAAAAGUUUGGAUAAAAAUGGAAGUUUUGAAAUUGGUCUAAAAUUGUUAAAAUCAGAGGGGUCAAGGUUUUUAAAAGGGGUUGGAGGAUAGUGUUAGUUCAGGCAGGCCAGAAGGUCAAGCUCAGCCCACGGUACAUCAGCUGACUGUGGGCCAACUUCUCCACAUCCAAUUUGCAAAUGUCAAAUGGAGCGUUCCGUUUAAACAGCUUUCUUUGCAAACUGCUUCGGCGGGGAGGUUUACCUGCUAUCCUUAUUUUGAGGCCUUGGCAUUCCACUUAUGCACGCGGAAGGGCAGGGAGCUCUCAGAACAGAUAAAACCAAACGUAUCUUUUUGCGUGAAAGUGAUAAUCCUUUCUGACGAGAGUGGUCCUGACUGAUUUCAUUUAGUUUGGCUCGAAGCUUGCUGUGUCAUACUCAUGCAAACGCUUGACGAAGCUCGAACCAGUAAACGGAGAUGUUGUUGCAAUAAAUGUCAAAUUUUCCCUCAUUUCUUCAGACUGGCCAAACGAGGGUUUUAAGAGCGUUGAAUCUGGUCUAGAGAACAGCCAAUCUGACUAACGAGCUUUCCCCUCAGCUCAGCCUAACCAUAGCUCUUGUUUUACAUAAUUGUGUGUUUAUUUUUACCCAAGAAUAAAGAAUGCAAUCAGCAACAGAGGGAAAAGAUAGAGAUGUGGAAAGCUGACAGCAACUUGGCAGGUGGAGUUGAGUUAAAGAGACUUUCUCUUCUGUUUAGAGGUUUUCUUAGCGGCAUGAAGCUGCAGAGUGAGGUAACAGACAUGAGAUCUCAGCAGGGGAUUGAAGCUGGAAGAAGUACAACCGCUAACUCGCAGGUCGUCAUGGGGUCAGGUGCAGUUAUUUGGAGGAACACAUAAUACUCAGAGAAUGUGUUUCAUCACUUAAAGUGGACACAAACUCCUUCCUGUCCUCGUUCAGGGUAAUUCUGGACAUUUGUUGCGAUGGCGGGACUCCAGUAACCUGCUGAACACAUGGGUCAGAUGCAGGGAAAGAAAGAAGAAAAUUUGGGCUUGGGUUUGUGUGGCAAAAGUACCCAGAAAGGUUUACAUAAGUGGUAACAAAAGCAGCAUUAAGUUUAGAGUUUUUAAUCCGCACUAAAAGAUCACAGAAGUAAAAGAAGAAGGGUAAACAAAAAUCCUUUCUACCUUUAUCUCCUCUUUGUUUGAUGUUUCCUUUUUGGACAUGAGGACAGGAUUAUCCGUGAAGAAAACAGCGAGACGGACCUGCACAAAGAGUCAUGUUUGAAAGAGCUGCAUUCAGACCAAAGACAGGAGAAGAUCACAGCGACAGGGUGCAGGAUUAACACCGUGUGCGGAUGAUUAAAAUAGAGAAAUCGAUGAGGAUAACAGCAGGUGACAAAGGCGGAGUAGAGAGAUGAGGAUGGGCAAUAUUUCUGUCACAGCGUCAAAUCAUUUCCUGGCAUUAACACCAUGUUUUAUAAGUGAAAUGAUAGCUUGCAAGAUUUUUAGAUAUCCUGUGUGUCCACAUCUCUCUGUUGUGCAAAAGUGAAGCCAAAAUCCCCCCAUGAUAGACACUUACAUAUUGCACAUUUAGAGCCUCUCGGACCCUCUUCUCUCCUCUUGGCACCAUUUGUGAUUCAGCAUGAAUGAGUGAUUUUAUUUGCUGUGAAAGUGAAAGAUCUGAAAACGGUCCGACGCUCACAAAACCCUGCUUUUGUGUGUGCUUCAGGGUGGAAAACUACACGUCAGAAAACAGCGAUCUGUGGCGGAAAGUAGAAAACCUGGAGACGGCAAACAGGUGAGGCUGAGACACACGCAGAAACACAUGUUGUGAACAUUAGUGAUGUCUUGCUGUUUCCUCUCUGAACAUGCUAAAGUUGUUUUUUUUCUGGCUUCGAACCCUGAAAACACAGAGCGGAUAUUUUUUAAUGAUGUUUGGAUUAUCGUCAUUUAAAACAGCAACACGAUGUCCAAGUUUGAAGCUUCAGAUGAUGAGAGUUGACUAAUUCAUGUCGUAUGUUUUUGAACCCGGGCCCUUUUACUUUUCUUCACAUAUUUUAAGUCUUAAUGGCUAACAGGUACGUUAGUUUGGGGAGUGCUCCUCUGGAUUACAUUGCUGCGGUUACAGCUGCAUUGUAGCCUUUAGGGCAAAUGAGUCCAAUCAAAUUACACCCACUCAAAGUUCUUGUUUUUCAGCUGGCAGACUCAGGUGGUUAUUUAAAGUGUCUGACAACCUUACAGGAAAGAUUCCAACACUUUGAGUCCAAGAUAAGACAGGAUUACAAACCAGUAAAUACCUCCAUUCAAUUGAAAAGGUGGAAAAACAACUUAUCAAAUGUUGAAACAAAAAAAAAAUAUAUAUAUAGUUAUGUGGAAGUUAGAUGCUCAUUUUAAAUUUGUUGCCAGCAAUGUAUUUCAAUAAAGUUAGUACACAGACAGAGAAGAUGUUAAAAGAAACUAGAAAAGCACUCGGAGAGCGCAGACCUCCGCCAAGCAGCUCAUGUCCCCCAUUAUAUUGUGAUUCACACCAAAACUUUUACUGUUACGUGUCUUUUAUGAACUUUUAUUUGUGUUUAAACUGGUAUGUUCGCUGUUCAUAAUGUUCCUAAAACAAGAAAUGCCCUGACCCGGAUUCAAACCCAGGACCUUCUUGCUGUGAGGCGACAGUGCUAACCACUACACCACUGUGCCGCCCAUUGGUUAUCUUUCAGCAUUGAAAAUUCCAACAACACCCUUAUUUUUGUGUGUUCUGGAUCACAGUAUCCAGAAUUUUGUCUGGAUCACCACCAAAAUGUAAUGGGAUCCUCCUGGGGCUGAGACGCACCUCUGGUGAAAAUUUCAGGUCAAUCCGUCUGUAACUUUCUCCGUAAAGUUGCUAACAGACAAACAAACUAAUCUACCAACAAACUAGAAAAGCACUCGGAGAGCGCAGACCUGUUACAAAAUUCCGGUUACUGUGAUCCAGAACACACAAAAAUAAGGGUGUCGUUGGAAUUUUCAAUGCUGAAAGAUAACCAAUGGGCGGCACAGUGGUGUAGAUAGGCAGCACAGUGGUGUAGUGGUUAGCACUGUCGCCUCACAACCAGAAGGUCCUGGGUUUGAAUCCUGGUCAGGUCAUUUCUUGUUUUAGGGGGGACAUGAGCUGCUUGGCGGACGUCUGUGCUCUCCGAGUGCUUUUCUAGUUUCUGUUAUUUUGAGUUAAUGGUGAAAACCUAUAGUCUACUUUUUUUUAAAUCAAAGAAAGGCAUUGAUAAGGGAAUCAUUAAAGAAUCGAUAAGCAGAAUUGAUAAUCCCAUCGAUAUCAAUAAAAUUUUAUCAAUUCCCGUCCCUAAUUACAACAGUAUGGCUCUGUAGUACAAGAGUCCAGCUGAUGAACUGGUCUGACUGCAGUCCUGACUUGACACCUGUAUAAACAUUUGUAGCAUUAAGGAACUAAUACUUUUCAUAACAAAAUCCACCUUUUGUUUUUCACUGUUUCCUAUUCAAUACAGAGUCUCAAAACAUCCAAAUAUCCCUUUUAUCAAUAUUUGACACUGCUUCCAAACCUUUUUGGGGACCUAGGGUUGUAAAAAUGUUCUCGCUGUAAGCAGUGAACCACAUAAGUAUUAGUCAUGUAGUCUUCAAAGGAGAAAAAUUACUGUACUGUAGGUUAAACGUGCCGAUAUUUAUGAUCUGUCUGCAGUUUAUAAGCAGAGUGUAACAGUUCGAGAUUUAUGAGCCUCUAAACAGAAAUUUGUCUGCUCCAAAAGAAAUGUGCAGACUCAUCCAGCUCUGUUAUUAUAACAAUAUGAAACCAAUCUGCUAUUAUCUCCAGCGGGUGGGUGGGUGUGUCAGACAGAGGGCUGAGGGGGGGGUUCUGUCUCUACGUCUGUCUGUGUGUCUGUCUGAGUUGGUUUCAGUCUGUCAUUAAAGCUGCGACUUAACAGAAGCUUUCAUCAUGAAGGCAGCCCCCUCCCUUCCCACAACACACACACACACACACACACGCUGAUGAAUAUGUUAAACCACCACACAGGGGAACAAUGAGUUGGCGCAAACUGGGGAACAUGAGUCAGCACGCUCACUCUCACAUCAAACCCAGAGUUUAUUCAUGUCUGAAAUCAAGUUUUUAAACAAGUGAGCUAAAUUUAAGCCCCUAAAAAUGCUCGAAAUGCAGCAAUUAGUGAUCCUUUUGUUCCCUUAAGUUAGUACUAUUAGUGCUAUCUUCACCUCCAUCCUGCGUAAGAUAUGCAUGAAAGUAGUUUUAAAUUUAGAUCAUGAGUGCAAAAGCGAGCGUGACUCCUCAGACAAAGUAAUAAAAAUAUCAAAGCACAGGUUAGUCUGAUGUUUAGAUUUCGACUUUCCACUUCUGUUCUGGAUAUUUAAAUGUUCACCCAGUCAACCAGUGUGACCUCUGUGAGCAGAGUUUAUUUAAAGCAGCAACAACUGUAGCAGUAAAUCACUGCGGGUUGACUUCAAAGUGUUGUGUGAGUGAUGCUGGUCAGAAUCGUCCCAUAAAAAGUUUAUUACAGCUGGCAGCGCGGUGGUUUUUCUGCUGCAGGGAAAAAUGAAACAUUACAGACUGACUGCUGACCAGUUAGUGGUCUGGUUAAGUCGGUGUCUCAGGUUGACUGAAUGACUGUUAGUCUGCCUCCAUCUAGUGGUCAGAAUUUGCCGUUACAGUCACCAAGGGUUUAACCAUCAGAGCCCUGCUCUCCAGAUCCAACCGAAGCCAGAAAUACUUGUUUUUAUUGUUUGAAUCUCUCUUGUGUAACUUUAGUAAACCAUGUCGUAUCAAACAGGAAAUGUCAUUUGAUUGAUUGUGUUUUAGAAUGAAGUGGCAGCAACAAAAAACAGGAAAGUUAUCGGCUUUAAUUUGCCCACUUGGCAUUGUACAAAUCAUGUGAUUUUCUCCCAGCGGUACUCUCUCUCCUUAAAUAGAUCGUUUAAUUUUGUGCUGCACAAGCUUUUUCAACCUUAAACUCUCAGAUAUAUGAAAACCACAGAGGUGUAGCUUCGCCUCAGGCCAUUAUUUCAGUUUACUAAUGUCACGGUUUGCAGUUUAACGCUUCAAGGUUGCAGCACAACCAUUAAAAAAGACUCAAACCUCAUGAGGCCUUUCGUCCAUCACUACUUUUGUGCAGCCUGUACAUUUUUACAUAUUUUUGGUUCUGGAUUCUACUUUUAUUUUACCUGAAAGAAAACAGGAGUUGCUGAUCUGUCUCUGUCCGACUUUUAGUUAAAGUGCCAGCUCAGAUUCAUGCAGUAAACACACUUUGUCGCCCUCUAAUAUGCCUCAUUUCUCCCUCCAGGUCUCUCCUACAGCAGCUGCAGAAGCUUCAGUCGCUGAUUUCAGGGAAAGUCGUCCCUCGUUCUUGUAAAAUGGCCUCAACUCAAACAGGGACGUGCCUAAUGGUAAAUUAAGUUACUUCAAGUUUAUCGUGCAAUAUAACGUCAUUCGGUCUCGUAAAAAGGGAAUCAAAUAUCUCAAGUGCAGAAAGAACAUUUGUUUCUGUUGUGUGUGUGUAUCUUUAUGUUUUAAUUCAUGCAGUUUCAGAUUUAAGCUGUUGUUUGUCACGUUUAUUCAUUUAUGUGCGUGUUCGGUUUGUGUUUUUCUGCAGAUGAUGGCAUUGUGUUUUGUCCUGGUGUUGGGCUCCUUCUCCCCUUGCCUCUCUCCUCUCUCCUUCCUCGCUGACACCUCCUCUUUGUCUUCAUCCUCCUCUUCCUCCCAAUCCUCCCCCUCUGCUCCUCUUCCAUCAGCGGACCUCUACACCACCAGCCAGGGUGAGUCUCUAUAUAUUCAGGCCGAUUCUGACCUGAUUUCUUAGUCGCACGGCAGAUUUUGAAGUCAGGUUGUAUAAGCACAUAAUUCAGGAUUCACUGAGUUUUAUGCGAAUCAAAUAUGGUUCCUGCUUGUUUUACAGUCCGUUCCCGCAGCCUGCUCUUCUACAAUGAAGGGUCUCCGCUGGAGGAGAGUUCAGAGGGGGACAGGAUACAGGCAGAGGUCCACUCCCACAUCCAGAUCAGCAGAUACACAGCUGAUGCUCACAGCAACCAAACUGGGGCUAAAUCAGACCACAGGUAUCAAAACUGUCUAAGCAGAGUGAUUUUAUCAGGUUUAAACAUGUUGAUCUGUUAGUGACCAGAGUUCCUCCUCUCUCCUCAGGGAAACAAAAGCAGAAGGAGUCUCAGAGAUUUUCUGACACAGCCUGACCCCUCCUCCCAUGACUUCUCAUCUCUGACCCCGAAAACCUCCAGAUUCCUGAACUCGACAGGUUUCACUCCAACAUCCAACCAAAAUCUGCAUUUUCAUAUUGAUAAUAGACUCAGUUACUCCCUUCUGGUUCUGCCCCCCCCCAUCCUCACAGUUUACUGCCUGUAUGUGCUUCACUGCUCACCUUAAAACACACUCUGAUCCACCUGAAUACACUUGAUUUUAAAGGGACCGCAAUGUUUGAAUUCACAUCACAGCCUUUAAACAGGAGGAUGAUUUCAAUCACUCACCUCACCGAUCAGUUUUUAGUUCCAACAGUUUAUUCAUGUUUGACAUUUAAGGGAUUAUGAGCUGGAGUAUAAAUACAGAAUACAGUAGCUUGUACCAUCUAAGAGACAAAAUAACAGGAACUACUCAGACUUUUGCUAAGGAGACAAACAAAAAAAAGCUACUGAGGUAUGAAUCCACAUGUAGAUAUGACAAUUUGCUUUGAUUUCAUAAGAACGUGCCAUUAGUGAUGAUUAUUUUCUUCAUGAAUAUAACUAUAAAUGCCUCAUUUGACUAAAAAGCCAAAAACAUGGAGAUAAUUUGCUCAUGAAAAGAGAAAAUCUGGACAUUAGAGAAACUUGAAUCAGUCUUAAAUUAUUCUCUAAAUUGUGACGGAGCCGUAGCUCUGACUUGCUGUGCCAUUUCAAAGUUUUUAAGUGCCUUCCACGUAUUAAGAUUUAAUAUGACCGACUCGGCCUUAAACAAUAGCCAACACACACAAAUGACCAACACCUGAAGCUUCACACUAAUUAUAUAAAUAUCUAUAUUUUUUAAUUGUUAGAAUCUCCCUGAUUUCAUGUCUUAGAAAAAUCAAAAACUGGAUGAAUGUGGGAGGAUUUAUGUCUGUAGAUGCAACUGUCAGAUUUAGUUGAAUGUUUUUUUUCUCAGAUUGUGUUUCUGUCUCAACUUUAACUUUUUUCAUCCGUCUUUAAAGUCAAAUCUAGUUUUUCAAGUUCAAUCAAAACAAAAUUCUCGUAUUUUCGUAUCAGGGACGGUUAACGGGGUCCUGACAGAGGUUGGGAAACAUGACAGAAAAAGUAUUUUUUAUGGAGUUUCAAAUUGUACAUAUAAUAUAUUUGCAGCAUCAAAAAGAGCAUAUUUAAUUUAUGCAACAAAAAAAUGACUGUUUUUAAAGUUAGUUUAUCUUCAUGUCUUGUUUUUCUAAAUAAUGUUUCAAAAAAUCUCAAAAAUAGGACUUAUAAUAUAUUCUGAGCAUCAGAAAAGAGCAUAUUUAUUUUAUGCACAAAAAAAGAGAAAGUGUGUGUCGUGUUUGAGGAUGAUGAUGAAGUUUUACAUGAUGGUGUGUGGUUUACAUGCUGUUUUAUGGAGUGUAAAACUUUGAUCUGUUUGUCUUUAACUGUAAUACAGUGUUUGUUUGGCUGCUGUCGCAUGAAAAGCGCAGAUUUCUUCUUCUUUUUUAGUCCCUCGUGUUUUAAAAAAAACAUCAAAAUUUACCACUAAGCUGAAGUUUUCAAUCUGGAAAAGGCUCAAAACGAAAGAAAACAACAGUAAUUAAGAUUUUUAGGCACGAAUCCUCCUUUUAUUUGAUGCUUUUUGUGCUCAUGCGACGGCAGUGUAUGUUGUAUUUAUUCCUGUUUGUAGAAAGUGUGUAUAUAUUGUUGAACCCAAUCAGGAGACUCAAACAUCCCGCCCACUGAAAACACCACAAAAUUAGAGGGAACAUUCGUCUUUGUUUUUCACCACUAUUCUGACCAAGUUAGAGAAUAUUACAGAUUUAAAUUCCUGCAAAUCUAAAUACUCUAAAAGACGACAUUCACUACACCUGUCCCAAUAAUGUCUAGAACUUUUCUUUUUUUCUUUUUUAAUUUUUAAGUCUUGUUUUUUUUUUAAUUUCUUGUGUCUGACUUGUUUUAAAUGUUUGUUUUUUUUGUUAUAACCUUCAUGUGACUGCAACCAGGGCACAAUCAUCCUGUCAUCCUCACCUUUAAAGGGGGAUUCUGAAAGUCUCAAACCUGGGCUGGUUUUUUUUUAAUAUACUUUGGGGUCUCAAUGAUUGAAAAACAGACUGGAAUCGGAUCCAGCUGCUCCCUGCAGGACUAGAUGGGAUGAUAGUGUAGAUGCUGAAUGGAUGGAUCACUGAAAGGUACAAAAAACUUAAGACUAUAAAACUUCUGCACUUUUUUUUGACCCAGAGCAGCACUCGCUUGUAAAUAAUUUAUGCACAAACAUGGUCUAAAACAUGUAAACCAUUUUCUUUAUUUGGUUAUAUUUUAUGGAAAUGCAAAAAUCUGGAGUAUGCUCAAAUAUGAAGACGUUAAUUCUCAUUUACGUCUAUCAUCUCUGCAGACUGAGACGUCUAAUUGACCUUCACUUAAGAGUUUAAAUAUGAUUUUUACUUUUUUUAAGAAAGGGGAAAGCACAUUUUUAAUAUCUCUUUAUUUUUAUUCAAGUUUGGUUAAACAAGGAAGACCUCGCUGAGAUUUAAAAUCUCAUUUCAAAGAACGUCCGAGGCAGGAUUGGCAGCAACACAAAGUUUCAGACAUGCAAAACACGUGUCGACAUUUUCUUACUCGUACAACAGAGAAAUAUUCAGAGACCUGUCAGACAGGUGCUGCAGCCGUAGAUAUUUUUAACACAUGGAGAGCUGGAUGGUCGCCAAAAUGCAACUGCAAGGCUUUGUUCCAGGUUGACUGUUUUUUUCGUCCUGUAUGUUGCAGCCUGUUUCACGGUCAUCUAAUAGAGUGCCUCUAAAUAUUUUGACUCAUUCAGAUCCCCAUAAAGAGCCCAGGUUUGACACGACCUUAAUCCCCCCUAAACAGUCUUAAUUCACCAGUGUACAUAAGUAAAGACAACGAACUGUGCAGUUGUUGUAAAUAAGGGCCUUUUGUUUUUGUAUUGUGACUCUGUCCAAGAUUUAAACCUGUGGAUUUAUGUGGGAAAGGGGAGAAUAAAGACAAAUCUUGGGUGGGAAACGGUGAGGAUCGAAACUGAGGGAGGGUGACUUUUUCCACUUGUAAAGAAACGUUGAUAACACAGCAGCUGAACACAGUUUGAAUGUCUGUACAACUCGAGUAGCUGCUUCUUUAUUCUGACCUUUUCAUGAGAAUAACUGAGCUCUUUCCAGGGAGUUCUUCAAAACGUGUCACGCUCCAGUGUUGUCUGGGUUUGUUGUAUAGCGUCUUGCAUGUUCCUCCAUAUAUAACUAUGUUAUCGUAGUUUAGUCCGUAGAGUAGAAACCAGCAAAAUAUUAAAAAACUGCAUCAGCAUCACUGUCUCCUGUGGGGCCUUUUUUGUGUCUUUUAUUUCAAGUUCAAGUUUGUUUUGAGUCUGUUGAUAUCUGAUCCGGCUGAUCAGCUGAAGUGUUUGAGUAUAAGCUGUUUCCGUAGGUCCUCAGCCUGGUUGUCCCGGUCUUCAGGUCUCUGUUCGAGGAUCUCAGGCUGCUCCAGAGGGUCUGUCCUCUCCAGGGUCCAGGCGUCCAAUCCGGACUGAAGGGAGGCGUUGUGGAGGACACAGCAGGCGAUCAAGAUGGCCGAGCUCUUGUCUGGAGAAUACUACAGAGGAGGGACAGAGAGUUAGCUCAAUGAGAAGGUCUAAAUGACUUCACAGCUCCAUAAACUUUGCUGGCGGAGGCGGGAUUUAUGACCUAUACUGCAGCCCAUCAACAGAGGGUGCUGUUCUCGGAGUGGCUUCACCCAGCGAGGAGGCAGACUCUGUCCAUUCUAUAUACAGUCUAUGUUUGUAUCACAUAAUUGUAUUUCCUACAGAUACUGUAUUGAACAGUAACUGUAACUAAUAUAAUCUCCCGCAGAAAUAACCAAUACAGGUAAACCAAAACACUAAAAUACAUACGACAGGCAGCAGCUUCUGUAUCAAUGACUCAUUUUGUCAAUGAUGUCUGGUGGCUUUAAAGAGAAACUCCUCAACAUGGAAAACAGUGGACAUAAGCACCUGUAGAUAUCCUUUGGUGCCAUCCAAACACCUGAACCUGGUCUGGAUGGCUCUGAAAGUUCGGUCCACAAUCUCAUGAGUCGCAGUGUGAGCUAGAUUAAACCCUAACUCUGCAGGGGAUUCUGGGUUUUCCACCGGGGUCAUCAGCCACUUCCUUAGAGGGUAACGACGGUCACCUAUGACACAGGAAUCAGACUUUUAGCCUUUCUGGACUCUGCAGUUUCACUUAUCCUGUCUGGCAUUAAAAGGCUUACCCAGCAGCCAGCCCUCCUGGAUGUCCUGCAGCUGUUUGAAGAGAGCAGAUCUUUCCAGAAUCUCUGCGUCUUUGAGUCCACCCGGCCAGGUCUCUGCACUGAGUAAGAGACCUCGAGCGUUACACACCAGCUGACAGCCCACGGAGUGAAAGCCCUUCUUGUUCACGUAGGAGAAGUCCUCACUGUUUGGAGCUUUGAUGGUCACCUGGAGAACAGGAGGAAACGCAGGUGAGGAUUUUAAACACAAACAGGGCGUUUAAAAGUGUUAAGAGACGCUAAUCUACCUGAACACAGUCCAGAACCCCCAGAACACCUGGAAAUCCAGCCACCCUCUGAAACUCCUGAAAGGCCUGGUCCCUGCUGGACUGGUCUCUGCUCAGAAAACGAGACGAUAACUGCUUUUAUUUACUAUAUUCUUCUUUCUGCAGAAAACAAGUUAUUCCUAGGAAAUAAACUCUACAUAAGAAACUGAAUUAAAUAAACUUCAUUACUUUGACCUUUUAUGCAUUUUCCUCUGUAGAAUUUAGAGUCACUGCUGAAAAUGUCUAUUAUCUUUUUUAAAAUCACCAGUGAGGUUUGGAUAAACUAAAACUUCAACUUGCUGAUGGAUCCAGAGGUUUAAAAAGUGCUAGAUAUAAGUCCAGAUAUUCUCAUCAUAUCAUGCCUGUUAAAUGUGAUGAACUGCGGGGCUUUCUCCACCAGAGCUCUGGUCACAUUGGACACACAUCUGGACAUGGACGCCUGGCUGAUCCCGAUAGUGUCGCCCAUGGAUGUCUGGAAAGAUCCAGAUGUGUAGAAACCCAAAGCAGCCAACACCUGCACCUCAGGACUGAUGGCUCUGGAGCGCUGCGUUCGUCUGCACAGAGCCUCAAACACAAACACAACCAUAGAGUUACAUUUGCGAUGAAUCUGCAGGUUUUCGCGCAAGAUUAUUUAAAACUGCUGAUCACCUCUCUGAGCAGCUCCACCAGGUAGAGGAUAAAGUGUCUGGGGAAGCCAAACUGUGAGAGGAGGAAAUGAUCUGAGACAGAUUCCAGGUCAAACCGGUCCAGGGUUUUAUGGCCUCGACCGUGCAGGAGGAGAUCACAGUCUAAGAUGGCUAUAGAGACCGCCAUGCUGCAGGUAGAAAUGAAUUUGCAUUUAAUAAACCUUUCAUGUUAAGUACAAGUUUCAGUUGGGGAGUUUGCACACUUUGAA